AUGGCGGAAUAUGGAAAUAAUCCCAGCCAGAAUGUGACUGUAGGUGAACAAAACCGUCAUCAUUCUCAGCCAGCCACAGCAAUGAUUACAUUACAGGCUUCUAUGUAUGAGUAAAUGGCACAUGAUUCCAGAGUAAACUUAAUACCAGCCACAUCGUAUAUACUGCAUAUAUUACAGUAUAUAUUAAAGACUCUGCCUUUUCUUUUAUUAAAUACCAAAUGCUCUCAGCCAUUUAAAGACCCUGAGCCGGCUGGAAUAUUUCAAUCCUCUUGAAUUUGAAGGAUCAAUUCCACUUAACCUCCAGGCAGCAAACAGACAAUUAUUGUAACCAGCACAGAUUGGAAUCAAUUAUAAUUACAACGUCGCUGGCUUGGAGUGAUAGCCUCUUCCAUACUGAGAGCGAUGAGAAUUGUCAGCAAGGGGCACAAACCUGCUCUAUGGCCAGAGACAAGAGCAGUCACCAAAGAAGGUUUAGAUGUCUGAGAGUGAUGGGUAGGAAGAGCUGUAAAUGUCCCACACUCAGCGAUGAGGUUACUGACUUCAAGAGUUGCAGUCGAUAAGAACAGAAAUAGCCGAUGUAGGACUGAGAGUGAUGGGAGCUUAGCAUGUCUGACAUACUUACAGAAGUUUAGUCUAAAAAGAGUUCCCGGCUGGCUGAGAAUAAUUGUUUUAGAAGUUGUAGGAGGCUUUGUGGAUAUUAUCUUGUUAAAUAAGCAAAGUGUGGCUGGGUGGGAGCAAUGAGAGUUGCAGCCAUUUCACAGUUUGACAGCAGAAAAUGUCUCUCAACCCGUCUCUCACAUGUCCAGUUCAUUGAGGGUUAACGUGAUCCAACAAAGCGAAUUGCUAAAUGUGGCUCAGAAUGUGUCCUCUGGCUGUAGUUCAAUAAGUCCAUUUAACUCUCUGUCGGGGGGAGGGGGUAUCUCUACCUGUGGAGUCGUCUGAUUGGAGCUCAGAAUAUCUCACAUGAGUUAUGUGACUGUCACUUCCACAUUAGGGAAAGAUUAAAUGGUAAAUAUUGAGGCAGGAAAACUGGGCCGAGAAAUGGACUUGAACCACACAGAAUUGCUCCACAUCUCACUGCAUUGUACGUACAUGGAGUGCUAACACGUCAAACAAUGCUCAUCAUUCUCAGCCACAAUGUCACGUUUUGGAAUGUGUCGCAGUAAAAUCGUAAAAGUACACCUGCUGUAUUAACCCCACACCUGCUGUAUUAACCCUGUAUCACGCUGUAUUAAACCUCUAUCACGCUGUAUUAACCCCGCACCUGCUGUAUUAACCCUAUAUCACGCUGUAUUAACCCCGUAUCAUGCUAUUUUAACUCCACACCUGCUGAAUUAACCCUGUAUCAUGCUGAAUUAACCCAACACCUGCUGUAUUAACCCCAUAUCAUGCUGUAUUAACCCUGCACCUGCUGUAUUAACCCUGUAUCAUGCUGAAUUAACCCCGUAUAAUGCUGUAUUAACCCAACACCUGCGGUAUUAACCCCGUAUCAUGCUGAAUUAACCCUGUAUCACACUGAAUUAACCCUUCACCUCAUGUAUUAACCCAACACCUGCUGUAUUAACCCUGUAUCAUGCUGUAUUAACCCCACGCUGGCUGUAUUAAGCCCACACAAUAUUGUAUUAACCCUACACCUGCUGUAUUAACCCUGUAUCAUGCUGUAUUAACUCUGCACCUGCUGUAUUAACCCCAUAUCAUGCAGUAUUAUCCCAACGCCUGCUGUAUGAACCCCGAAUAAUGCUGAAUUAACUCAGUAUCAUGCUAUAUUAACCCCAUGCUUGCUGUAAUAAUCCCAUACAAUAUUGUAUUAACCCAAUACCUGCUGUAUUAACCCUCUAUCACGCUGUAUUAACCCCAUGCUUGCUGUAAUAAUCCCAUACAAUAUUGUUUUAACCCCACACCGGCUGUGUUAGCUCCACACCAUGCUAAAUUAAACCAGGUGCUUAUCAUGACCCCACUCAGGGCCCCGCUAGCAAUGCCCUUGAUCACAACAAUUAAAAAAAUGAUUUAAAAAUCCCUACAAAAGGUGGAAUCCAUUAGGAAUUCACGUUAUUUGAGUCCUUUCGGUAGAGAAACUAUGAUAAAGAAUAUGGGAGAAGAAAUUGAUGAUUGUUGUUUUAAUCUCCAAGCUUGCCCAAGGCUGGCAUAGACACUGUUAGCAGGUGGGUACGGAUGGGUACCCCUCGCCAUAUCAGAAGGGACCUUUACUAUGUCUGAUAACUGUGGCUGUAUUUUCUAAAACCAAUUACCGCAUGACUGCCUGUCCCCAGGAAAAGAGAUUAAAGGCGUAUUUUAUGGACUGGAAACGUAAGUUAAAGGUUCUGGGUUGAAAGCGGAGAGGGGGAGAGCUCAAUAAAUCAGGAAUGAGUCUAGGACCACAAUGCAGUAUAUCAGGUCUCCCAGGGACAUAGUAAGAGGCAGCACACCAAGAUCCUUAUACAGAGUAAUGUAACCUAGCACGGCCCUUAUACAGAGUAAUGUAACCUUGCGCUGCUCUUAUACAGAGUAAUGUAACCUAAUACUGCCCUUAUACAGAGUAAUGUAACCUAGCACCACCCUUAUACAGAGUAAUGUAACCUAGCACCACCCUUAUACAGAGUAAUGUAACCUAGCACCGCCCUUAUACAGAGUAAUGUAACCUAGCACCGCCCUUAUACAGAGUAAUGUAACCUAAUACUGCCCUUAUACAGAGUAAUGUAACCUAGCACUGCCCUUAUACAGAGUAAUGUAACCUAGCACCGCCCUUAUACAGAGUAAUGUAACCUAGCACCGCCCUUAUACAGAGUAAUGUAACCUAGCACCGCCCUUAUACAGAGUAAUGUAACCUAGAACUGCCCUUAUACAGAGUAAUGUAACCUAGCACUGCCCUUAUACAGAGUAAUGUAACCUAGCACCGCCCUUAUACAGAGUAAUGUAACCUAGCACUGCCCUUAUACAGAGUAAUGUAACCUAGUACUGCCCUUAUGCAGAGUAAUGUAACCUAGCACCGCCCUUAUACAGAGUAAUGUAACCUAGCACCGCCCUUAUACAGAGUAAUGUAACCUAAUACUGCCCUUAUACAGAGUAAUGUAACCUAGCACUGCCCUUAUACAGAGUAAUGUAACCUAGAACUGCCCUUAUACAGAGUAAUGUAACCUAAUACUGCCCUUAUGCAGAGUAAUGUAACCUAGCACUCCCUUAUACAGAGUAAUGUAACCUAGCACCGCCCUUAUACAGAGUAAUGUAACCUAAUACUGCCCUUAUACAGAGUAAUGUAACCUAGCACCGCCCUUAUACAGAGUAAUGUAACCUAGCACUGCCCUUAUACAGAGUAAUGUAACCUACUUAUACAGAGUAAUGUAACCUAGCACUGCCCUUAUACAGAGUAAUGUAACCUAGCACCGCCCUUAUACAGAGUAAUGUAACCUAACACCGCCCUUAUACAGAGUAAUGUAACCUAGCACCGCCCUUAUACAGAGUAAUGUAACCUAGCACCGCCCUUAUACAGAGUAAUGUAACCUAGCACCGCUCUUAUACGGAGUAAUGUAACCUAGCACUGCCCUUAUACAGAGUAAUGUAACACAUUACCUACAGAGUAAUGUAACAUAGCACCACCCUUAUACAGAGUAAUGUAACAUAGCACCACCCUUAUACAGAGUAAUGUAACCUAAUACUGCCCUUAUACAGGAUAACGCACUCUCUGUAUCUGGACAAUUAUUAUUAUUAUUAUUAUUAUUAUUAUUAUUAUUGGUAUUGAUAUAGCGCCAGCUUAUUCCGCAGCGCUGUACAAUGAUCGUAUACCUGUAUAUAUACAUUCUCCAGCAAUUUGUCUGACACAAUGUAUAGAUGGAUGGAAUCAUGUUCUCUCUGUCGGUGGAAAGUGCACGUUAAAUAUACUGCGUCAGUCUGGACUUCGCAUUCUUUCCUCUAAAUAUGGGGGUUUGCCAAUAUCUUAAAUUCCUCCGGGUAAGAGAAGCCAUAUUGUCAGCCUGUCCUGUUCCCGUCGUUACCGGAUAAUAAAGAGGUUAAUAUGGGAUUGUUCUACCCAUUUAUUAUUCACACAUUACCUACGUUCCUCAUUUUGUCAACACACAAUUAAAAUGUUUUGCCAGUUGGCUAACGACCUGCAUCCAACAUAACGAACCUCAGUAAUGAGGUUUUUGCAUCUGAAGAAGCUGGAAAUGGUUCUUUUAAAAAUAAAUAAAUAAAAUAACAACAUAUAUUACUGAACAAUAAAAACAAACUUUUCUUCAAAUUUCUCAAUUCAAAUUUUUUUAAUGAAACACUGCUACCACCUGCUGGAUAAAUACAGUACUGCAGUGACAGGGUUCUGCACAUCAUUGUGAAGGUGGUGAGGGGGGGGGGGGUAAUUGUACAUUAAACAAUUAAUUAAAAAAACAAAUUGCACAAUGUAGACCAACAUAAAGCUGCUUUGGAUAAUUUCUCCAACUCCGCUUUCUGAAUUUAGUUUUCUCCCCAAAAUUCCCUGUUUAGUGAAUACACCAAAAGGUGGAAAAAUAUAAUAAAUCCUGGGGUGAAAAAAAGCAAAAAUAGAGCAUACAAAUAAGUUUAAGUUUAAGGUCCACAAAUCACAGAUGUAAAUGAAGCUGUGAAUGUGAGUGAUACCGGGCAGAUUGCCAACUCGCAGAAUGUGUCAGCUAUAAAAGAGGUCUGAUAAUUAGCAACUUGAUAUUCGAGGUUUAAAACUAACAUAAGGAAACAUCCAAAGAUAUAAAAUGAAGUUUACGGGAACGGCAGGUGAAUCAAUAAAAAACUGCAGCAAUGGUUGAUGCAACAUAUGUCCCACUAAGUAAUAGAAACUUGUGGAGGAUUCUGCCAUCUCACAAUCCUCCAUAGACCGGGUAUUACUAUGUAUCCGCAGGCUCCAGCAGGGUGAUGCAUCAGAAGAUAGAAUCGAAGGUGAUAUGGAAGAGUGAGGUGAGAGAGGGUCAGGUAAGUACAUCUCCCCCUGGAAGCCACCAUGCUCCCUUGGGAGUGUCUUGCAAUAGUCCCACAUGGGCCAAUGCUGCUUUUAAAGGGGGGGGGGGGCGGUUAUUACCCAGGAUUUGCAAUGUUCUGGCUACUUAUCCCUAUAAUUAACAGAUACAAUUAAAGGGACACACCACACUCCUAAAGCAGGUCAGCCUUGCUGGAGUGCUUCAUGUGUCAAUACGUCUACACACAGAGAGAGACCAAGCACACACAUUUAUUCAGAUUGCAGACUUUUAUUAAAAUAAGCAAAACAUGACAGCUUUUCUCAAGUCAUACAUACGCACACACAUACAUAUACAUACAUAUACACGCACACACAUACAUAUAUAUAUACAUACAAACACAUACCUAUAUGUACACACAUACAUACAUAUACAUACACACACACAUGCAUAUACACACACGCACACACAUACAUAUAUAUACACACUGUAACGGAUCCUGCUAUUUGUGCAGCGCUGAUCCUUGUAGCUUCUCACGAAAUCCAGCUGAAGUAAAGUGAUUAUAGCUCCCAAUCCUCCAAACAUGAGUCGAGAUUCUUUUGUUUCAGGUAUUGUACCGGAGGAUUGGAGGAAGGCAGAUGUUGUUCCUAUAUUUAAAAAGGGUUCAAAAUCCUUGCCUGGAAAUUAUAGAACUGUGAGCUUAACUUCAGUAACUGAGAAAAUAUUUGAAGGGCUAUUAAGGGAUAAUAUUCAGGAAUUGAUUGGGAAGAACUUUGUUAUUAGCAAUAAUCAGCAUGGUUUUAUGAAACAUAGGUCAUGUCAAACUAACCUAAUUGCAUUCUACGAAGAAGUAAGUAGAAGUAUAGAUCUGGGUGUUGCAGUGGAUGUGAUCUACUUGGAUUUUGCCAAGGCAUUAGAUAUGGUUCCUCACAAUAGGUUAGUCUUCAAACUAAAAGAAAUUGGUCUAGAUGAAUAUUCCUGUUCUUGGGUAGAACAUUGGCUUAAGGACAGAGUACAACGAGUUGUCAUUAAUGGUAAAUUUUCAGGCUGGACAAAAGUGGUAAGUGGUGUCCCUCAGGGUUCUGUUUUGGGACCACUUCUAUUUAACAUAUUUAUAAAUGAUCUUGAAAUAGGCAUUGAAAGCCAUGUAUCAGUGUUUGCAGAUGACACAAAACUUUGCAAAGUAAUAAAAUGUGAGCAGGAUAUUGCUUUGUUGCAGAGAGAUUUGGAUAGAUUGGGGGACUGGGCACUAAAAUGGCAGAUGAAAUUUAACAUAGAGAAAUGCAAAGUUAUGCACUUCGGGGUUAAGAAUGCACAAGCAACUUACACACUAAAUGGUAGUGAAUUAGGGAUAACCACACACGAGAAGGAUUUGGGCAUUGUUAUAGACAACAAAUUAGGCAGCAAUAUGCAAUGUCAAUCUGCAGUUGCUAAGGCCAGUAAGGUUUUGUCAUGUAUAAAUAGGGGCAUAAAUUCUCAGGAUGAAAAUAUAAUUUUGCCUCUUUAUAAAUCGCUGGUAAGACCACACCUUGAAUAUGCUGUGCAAUUUUGGGCGCCUGUUCUAAAGAAGGAUAUCAUGGCACUGGAGAGGGUCCAGAGACGAGCUACAAAAUUGAUAAAAGGAAUGGAGCAUUUUAGUUAUGAAGAAAGGUUACAAAAAUUAAAUCUGUUUCGUUUGGAAAAACGGCGCCUGAGAGGGGAUAUGAUAACUUUAUACAAAUAUAUUCGGGGCCAGUACAAACCUUUAUCUGGAAAUCUAUUCAUAAACAGGGUUAUACAUAGGACACGAGGUCACACAUUUAGGCUGGAAGAAAGGAGAUUUCAUCUAAGGCAAAGAAAAGGUUUUUUUACAGUAAGAACAAUAAAGAUAUGGAAUUCUCUGCCUGAAGAGGUGGUUUUGUCAGAGUCCAUACAGAUGUUUAAACUGAAAUUGGAUAAAUACUUACAAAAACAUAACAUACAGGGAUAUAAUUUCUAAUUAGUGGGGUAAUAGCUGAUUGAUCCAAGGAGACAUCUGACUGCUAUUUUGGGGUCAAGAAGGAAUUUUUUCCUAGUUUGUGGCAAAAUUGGAAGUGCUUCAGACCAGGUUUUUUGCCUUCUUUUGGAUCAACAGCAACAACAUUUGUGAGGAAGGAUGAACUUGAUGGACGCAAGUCUCUUUUCAGCUUUGUAACUAUGUAACUAUGUAACUAUGACUUCAUGAAGGGGUAAAACGAUUUGAUUUAAUGAGCGCUACCUGCCCGGUAUUUAUGCAGGUCUCCCACCUGGUGGACACUCCCCUAGGGGACCAGAUGGAAGACUGGGACAAAAGAAUUACAGUAGCCAAUCGCAGUGGCUCAAACAUAAGCACUCCCCUUUGCAUAGGUAAAUCCCUCCUCUCUAUCCUGGAGAUAAUUAACUUAAGUGGUGGAAGAAACCCUGAUUAUCUCCAGGUAGAGAAAAACAUGUCUUUUUUAUAUUUCCCUAAAACAGUAUUAAAAUCUAUAACUUGUAUUUCACCGAACAUAAACUUUAAGUCCCACAUACCCCCAGAUAGCUUGGAUCUGAGCGCACAUUGUAGUCGAAUAGCACUCAGAUCCCACGAACACAGUUCUCAAUAUCGUCGAAUGAAGUUUUGAUUUCACCGGUUGUUCGCGUGAUUGUAUCCGAAAAAGAAUUCCAUAACUGUAGCUACCUGGGGUCGGUCUAUUUCGUAUAGCAUAAAAGUCCCGAACGGUAAAGUGUUCCAGGCAUUCGUGUGUUUCUAGCCGUAUGAACGGGGAACCUGGUAGGCGCCAGCGGUGUUCGGCGGAAUAAGUGUCCGAAAAUAGUUCAAGGGCAUCGCCGCCAUCCACCGCUGAGUGUUCGACAAUUUAAAAUGGCGACCGCCACGUGUUCGGCAGACGAACGUGGACCACCAAGCCUUUCCUCAAUUAUUCUGUGGUUAACCGCAAGGUCUGGGCGGUAAAUGAGCGGCACACGACCUCAAUGGGAGGUCGGGUGAUUCUGUAGUUUGUUUUAUUUGUAAUUGCACGAAAUAGCCACACAUACGCAUAAAUAACCGAAAGGCUGUUUCUCAGAGUCUGUUUAACCCGGAUUUCGUUACACACACAUACAUACAUACAUACAUACACACACACACACAUACAUACAUACAUACAUACAUACAUACAUACAUACAUACAUAUAUAAAUAUAUAAACAGCCAAUGUUAUAGAAGGUCGAUGCCCAGCACUAUAAGCUACAUAUUCCAUUUAUUGCCAGAAUUAUCUGUUUUUGCUGCGCCAGCCGUCCGUAUUAAAAUAUUCGAGCCCUGUGAUUGGAAAUCUCCUGUUUGCUUGCUUGUUAGCCAUUCUUUGUCGCCGCUUGCGCUGUUGACUUGACUGCUGUUCUCGGUGGGAGAUUACUGAAGAUUACUGUAUUCCUUUAUGUUGUGUUUCGUUCAGCAUCAAUCAUGCUGAUAUUGUUUCUAAAGAAGUCCUAAGUGGCUUUCAGUAGUUUGUUUUUUCAAUUCCUCCCUAACAAUGGUUAAAACAGAAUCCCAGGGAGACAGUGUGUGUUUGGAAACAACGAGAAAGUCAGAGACCUAACAAGUUUGGAGUCUCAUCCAUUACAGGAUAAUAAAAACAUUUACCACACAAGAAGGGGCAAAUAAUAGACAUCAGUAGACAUUAACCACUUUCCCCCCAGUUCUGAGUCACAUUCCUCAGCAAUGUCACAGUUCCAUUCUUGUCCAUGCAGAGAUACUGAUUCAGGUCAAUCUCUCCGCAUCACACAGAGUGACUAUAAAAUACAUUCCACCUCCCACACAAGAGCCUACAUUACUCAAAAGUUACCAUGCUGCUAAAUAGUAGCCAACAGGAUAUUCAGGGAGGAUUCAUUUUUCGUCAGCACUGCCCUCGGAAAUACUUAAUUUACUGUAUGUGGGCAUCACGUGGCAGUUUUCUCAUUGAAUAAUUUUGCAUUGAGAGAUAUGGAAGGCCAGGUUACAAUAAUUAAUAACAUUAAACAUAAACAUGUGUAUUUACACACUCAGUUGCUUAAUGCUAAUUAAAAAAAAAUACAAAAUGUAAAAUAAGUUUAACCAUUUCAUCAAACCAGUCUAUAGUCGAGCCUCUUUGCCACCUCGUCGUGUUCUCUAAACCUAGCCAGCGAUGGGCGCCUAAUUCUAUUAAUUAUAGUCCACGACGAAAAUUAAUAUCAAUUUUAUUUUUAUUUUUUAAUCAAGUUGUUAUUCAAAGUCCUCACUGUCCAAUUAUUUCCUAAAAAGAAAUAAGAGUAACAUGCGUAUUAAACAAAGUAUGAAAGGCCAGUAUAUAAAAUUAGGAUAAUAUCACUAUUCGUGGAAACCUGAGAAUGCUAAUUUACUGAAUUGUAUCUUUUGUUUCCAUGUGUCUGUUCUUCCUUGGUGUGUAUUGGAGCCAUUGUGCUACUGUCUGGAGGUUUUGUGGUAAUUAUUUUCUUGUGACACAAUAAAGCGUUCCCAAAACGGCAAUAUGACAUGAGGACUGUAGCGGUGAGGUAGUAUAAUCCACAGUAUCUCCGCUGGGUAACAGGAAUAGCAUACAAUAAUCCAAGGAAAUAAAUACAGCAUACAAUAAUCCCGGUAGCGUUGUAAGAACCCUUCCUUCCCAAGAACUAGACGACACAUAGGCUGGGAGUCAACUGAGGUUUUAUUCACAGGUCACCGUAUUUAUGGGAUUCCCCAUGCAAGGGGUUUCCCUACUGACAUUCCAGGGGUGGUACAGUAGGGGACUACAUGGGGAACUUAACAACCUGGACAUUUCUCCCAUCAUGCACUGCUGGACGAGAGGGAUACUCCCACUGGAAUAUACCGUUAAGUGGAUUAUCCCUCCCUGCAGCAGAACCAAUAUUUCACAUUAAAAUCUAUAACUUUCACAUUAUUCACUCUAUUUAAACAAAUGGGCGUUCGGUAGAUAGCUGGGGUCUGGGUAAACAGUUCGUGAGAACACCACUCAGAUCCCAGCAUAACUAACCGAACGCCGCGCGAACCACACAUUAUAUUCAAGUUACAUUCAAAGUACCGAUUAACAUAAGGGGAACAAACUACCGAACGCCCGGGGCUCACGAACGGCCUGGAGGUCCAGCGGUAUUCGUGCCGCCGAGUAGCCGAUUUUAGUUCCAGGCGCUCGACGACCAAAUACCGCUGGGCUAACAAAGGAUCCAAGAUGGCCGACCGCCGCGUGGUCGGUAGCCGAACGACGGCCACCUAGGAAAGCACUUAACUACUGAUUGCAACAAUGUUGCAAUCGGUUAAUGGGCACCACACGACCUCCUGUGUGUGGUCGCCCAUUCGGUAGAUUAUUCGUUUCACGAACAGUGUUGAAAUACACUGUUCGUGAAACUACAGUAUGAAUGCUGGGGUUUUUCAUGCCACCAGCAUACGAAUGCCCUUGUUCGCCUGAAAUGCAGAUACAUGAAUACACUUGGUUCUAACAGAUUUAAAGGUAUAGACACAUAUUCAUACAACUAUAGUCUUAAGUGGCUAGUUUUGCCAUAUGACAUAAGGACUAUUAUAUUAUAUUAUUUAUAUAUCGCCAGUAAAUUCCAUAGCGCUGUACAAUGGAACAUAAGGACUACUUGGCAAUAUGACAUGAGGACUACUUGUCAAUAUAACAUAAGGACUACUUGGCAAUAUAACACAAGGACUACUUGGCAAUAUGACAUGAGGACUACUUGGCAAUAUAACACAAGGACUACUUGGCAAUAUGACAUAAGGACUACUGGGCAAUAUGACAUGAGGACUACUUGGUAAUGUGAAGCAGCAGGAAGGAAAAUCUCUAAGAACACCUUCCAGAAAACAUUUAAAUCACCUCCGUCACCCAGGCCAGAACUCUCUACAGUUUGACAUUUCCAUCUUAAAUAAUUCCCCUGUAGCGGAACGCCAAUAUAAAAUCCACGAAUUCCGCUGGUCCAGAAACGAAUCCACAGUCAAGCGCUGAAAACACCAAGGCAAUAUCCCCAACCUCCCAAUAACCGGACGAGACACAGUUUUGGGAGUCAACUGAAAUUCUUUAAUCGGCACGACAAUUUAUACAAGUCCCCAUGCAAGGGGUUUCCUGAGUUCCUCCCCAGGGGCACUCCCAGAGGGGACUACAUGGGGGACUUACAGUACAACAUAUUUCUCCCAUCAGGCACCGCUGCACGAGAGGGAUCAUCCUCCCAGAAUGCACCGUUAAGGGGAUUAUCCCCUCGUGCAGCAGAACCGGCAAUUCACACAAAAAUCUACAACUGUUACAAUAUACGGUGGAUUUACACGAAUGGACGUUCGGUAGAUAGCUGGGGUCUGGGCGCAUCAUUCGUGAGAUUGCCGCUCAGAUCCCAGCUAAAAUAACCGAACGCCGCACAGAAAACACAUUUCUUUCAAAACACACGAAAAGAACCGAUUGCUUUUAGUGAACCUGGUCCUGAAACUCCCGAACGUCCUGGAGGCUCAGCGGUGUUCGUGCCGUCGAAUAACUGUUGGUAAUGCUAUGCGUUCGACGACACGGACCCGCUGAAGAACAAGGGAUCCAAGAUGGCCGACCGCCGCAUGGUCGGUAGUCGAACGACGGCCACCCAGGAGAGCCUCUAAUAACCGAUUGCAACAAUGUUGCAAUCGGUUAACUAGCGCCACACGCCUCUAAGUGUGUGGGCUAUUAGGGGGUAUCGCGUUCGGUUCACGAACGGCUUUCUAAAGUGCCGUUCGUGAAACGAAAGAAAAUCCCCAUACAAAACCGCCAUUUGCAUUCGGCGGAAACAGCAGUACAGGUAAAGCAGAACAUACAUUAACAUCUACAUAAGUGUAAAGCGCAUAUCUCGCCCGACGUAUUGGCAACCCUUAAAGGCACAGUCUCUAGUUAUUGUCCAAGUGGCUCGGUUUGCCACAUCCCCUUUGUGUUGUAUUGGUAGGAUCAUGUUUUGGUUUAUAUUUCAUAUAUGUUCUCCACUAAUUGUACAGCGCUGCGGAAUCUGUUGGCGCUUUAUAAAUACUGGUAAUAAAUAAAUAAUACAUUGCAGCCUUUUUUUUCAAGAGAUUUUAAUAUCAGUAUUCUCUUUAUUAUUAUUAUUAUUUACAAAGCGCCAACAAAUUCCGCAGCGCUGUACAAAGUGAAUAAAUUCUACUUUGAGACACAGACAAUUUGUAGUUACUGAGACCUCACUUGCGUGUUUCGUUGUAAGUAGUUUGUAUAUAAUAGUGAAAGUUAAUAAAACCCUUGUAGAAGUACGGUAACACCCGAUAGGAGAGCUUUUAUAUCUAGAACGUUCCGAAUUCUAAGGCUCAGAGCCCUAGAUAAUUCUUCUUAUCUUACCAACACCUAACAUCUCUCCCUUGUGGAAUAAUAUGUCACAAAAUCACAACACGUGAGUACCAGCAAUCUUCUAAUCAGAAACUUACUAAAAAGUGAAUUGACAGGAAUUCAAAGCCGCAUAGAACCAUUCUCCAGCAAUUUUUAGAGUUUGUGUUUUUAGAAUAAAUGUGAAAUUCACUUUGUAAACCAGACAAUUCCUACUUUUAGAAUAACCCUCUGCAUAGCAGGUAUUGGCAGAGGAAGGGUAAUUAGCUGCAGCUGUGAGAUUAGGUAAGUGUAAUCACCAGAUAGCCACAAGGACAACGUAAACAGCAUAAAACACAAUGCGACGGACAUCUGGUUAUAUUAUAACACCUUACUGAAUGCGUUCUGAGUGCCGACUCACCUUAUAUUCUGGCUGGUAUUGUGUUUUAUACCCACCUCCUCUAGACUGUAAGCUCCUUCGAGCAGGGUCCUCAUUGGCCUAUUGUUCCUGUAAAAAUGUUGUUACUGUCUUAUUUAUUGUUAAAUGUCCUCCUUUAUAAUAUUGUACAGCGCUAUGGAAUAAGUUGGAGCUAUAUAAAUACCAAUAAUAAUGAUAAUAAUAUUCACGGUCAUUGAACCAGUUAAUGAAUAAACCAGAAGUUAAAAGACAGCACACCCCAACUGGCAGGAUUUGGUGCCGGUGGCGCAGUGACAUCAUGACUAGGCAGGUGUCAGGUUUCAAAACUGACAUGUGAGACUUUUUCGUUUAUUACUGGCCCUUUAAGUGAACUUCAUGAUUUUCUCCUCUAGUGGCCUCCCUAGCCACUAAUCUAUUCACUCACCUUAAAAGCCUCACCUGGAUUAACUAAUGAGGAGGCUUGAUAAGUCUAUUCCCAGGACACAACAGUGCCUUGACAUUGAAGUCUGUGCUCUGAUAAAGAAUCUCUGUUUCUGGUAAUAUCCUGUAUUUUAUCUACAUUAUUUCAUUCUGUAGAGAACUUACCUGCAGUGCCUCAUCCUGUUCUCAUCUGCAUUUCCUCAUACUGAAAGGCACUAACCUGCAUUACUUCAUCCUGAACUUGUCUGAAUUACAUCUUAACAAAAGACUUUCCUUAUCGCCUUCCAAGAAUCCUGAUUUGUGGCGUAUUGCCUUCAUUAAGGAAUCUUUUUUUUAUUAUUUAUCAUUUUUAUUGAGGGUUCAACAUCAUAGUAUUACACAGUAGGAUCUAAUACAUUGGAGCCAUAAGAAACGGGUACAGUAACAGAUCUGAGUAGUAACUAAUUUCCAGUUACAUAAUUAUUCAAGCGAUGCUUCAGGGUGUCACAUAUACAAUAACUCCAUAGGCUGUUAUUCCGUAACUACUCUACUGGUCUCCUCAGAGUUGAAAGGCUUGCCAACGUGGCUAUAACCCUUGGUUUCUUGAGAAAAGGGGGGGGAGGGGGGAUGGAAGUAGGUGGGAGAGAGCGUGAACUAGGAAAAAAGGGGGGGUUUACGGGAUGCUCCCCUAUACAAAUGUAUUAGAGGGAGGUGUUCGUCACCACGUUGUCACAACCAUCUACCAUUUGGACCAAGUGCUAUUAUGUUUCAAUAGGGUACCGCUAAUCGUGUGCGACAUUUCCUCAUACUGUUGGGUGAGAUUCACUUUGGCAAUCACCGACUGUAUGUCUGGUGCCAAGGUGGAUUUCCAUAGGGCAGCUAUCCGUUGCUUUGCAGCAAGCGUGAUGUGGGUGAUCAGUGAGGCCUCGUGGGCUGUUAUUUCGGGUGGCAUCAUAUGGAGCAGGUAAUGUUCAGGGGCAGGUGGUAGGUCUAUCCCUACUCUGAGUUUUAUCAGAUCUUGGAUUUGUUGCCAGUAUUGGCUGAGUGCAGGGCAGUACCAGAAUAUAUGGCUUAGGGUGCCUUCUUGUUGGUUGCAGCGCCAGCACGUUGCCCGGGAGCCCGGGUAUAUUUCGGCCAGCCGUUGAGGCGUAUAGUACCAUCGAAGCCAUAACUUGUAGGCCGCUUCUACGUGGUCUAGGCAGUGUGUGGCUUUUUUUACUAAUGGCAUGGCCCUCACCCAUCUGUGCGGCUCAAAGGUACUGUUCAGCUCCCUUUCCCAUUGUAACAUGUAGGAUUGUUUUGUUGGCCUGUCUAAGUCUAAUAGGCGAUGGUAACAUAGGGACAAUGGCUUUUUGGGGUUUUUUUUGGCCCAGGCACAUCGUGUCAAAACAGUUGUGGGGUUGUGUGAGCAUGGUUAGUUUUUUGACGUCUCCUAUUAUGUGUUUAAUACGAAUGUAUGUGAAGAUCUCCUUGUUAGGUAUGAGGUAUUUUUUCUGGAGGUCGGGGAAUGGUAGUAGACCAUCUAUUCCCAGGAGAUGUGAUAUUCUGGUCACUCCUUGUCCUGUCCAUCCCUGCAAGGGGAGGUCGUGAGUGUGGUGCUGGAGAGUAGUCAGCGGGGCAAGGGCUUCUAUGUUCCCACCGGUCAUUUUUGGGGCCCAUCUGAGCCACACCUGGAGUGAUCCCCUCGAUGUCGAGAGUAGCUUGGGAUAAUGGGGUUGGGCCUUUGUCGUGGUCCACAGUAGGUCGCCGAGGGAUAGAGGUGCGCUGAUUGCACUCACUAGGUGGAACCACAUUGGGUAGUCUGAGGGAGCCAGAAGGCGUGCCAUCUGGGCCAGGUGUGUCGCUAGAUAGUAUUUGGUUAUGUGGGGCACACCCACCCCACCUCCUCCCAUGACCAUACUAAUGUUCGCCAGAGAUACCCUUGGUGGUUUCCGUUUCCAUAUGUGCGCAUUAAUGAGGCUUUGGAAUGCCCGGAGGGUGUACUUGGGGAGGGUAAUCGGUAGGGCUCUAAAAAGAAAUAGUAUUUGUGGGAGGAUGACCAUUUUGAUGGCAUUAAUUCGUCCUAACCAAGAUGUGUUUUUGGUGCCCCAGCUAUCCAGCCGUCGUUCUAUGUCUCCCAUCAGUUUCCUAUGGUUAUGUCUUAUGAGUUUGGUUUUUGAGGGUGUCAGCUGUGUGCCUAAAUAAGAGAGGGUAUCCUUCCUCCAUUCGAAGGGGUGGAGUGCUUUUAGAGAUUCAAGUUGGGAUCUGGGCAGGUUCAUGGGUAGCACCUGUGUUUUUGUAUGUUGUUUUUAUAGUAAGAUACACGGCCGUAGUCGUGCAAAAGGUGCAGUAGAGUGGGGAGUGAGUCUGAGGGCCUGGUGAGAAAGAGGAGGAUGUCAUCCGCAAACACUGCUAAUUUAUGUUGUCCCGUUGGUGACGGGACCCCCGUGAUGUUAGAGUUUGCCUUGAUUUUGUGGAGUUGGGGUUCCAUUGCGAGAAUGAAUAUGAGGGGCGAGAGUGGGCAGCCCUGCCGUGUGCCGUUCGUCAGAUCAAAGCGUCUAGAGACGAAGCCAGAGCUCAUGACAGUCGCCCGAGGGGAAGUGUACAGGGAUAAGAGUCCAGUCAGGAAUUGGGGCGGAAAGUUAAACCUGCGCAGGACCUCCGACAUAUAGCCCCAGUGGAGCCUGUCGAAGGCUUUCUCCGCAUCUAGGGCAACUAUAAGGCCUUGUAACCGGUCAGAGUCCAUGAGUUCCAUUAUGUCCAGGGCACGUCUGGUGUUGUCCUCAACCUGGCGGCCCGGGACAAAGCCCGACUGCUCAGGUGAGACGAGUUGGCUUAGGAGGGGUCGGAUACGGUUUGCUAGGACCUUGGCGAACAGUUUGGUGUCGGCAUUGAGGAGCGAGAUCGGGCGGUAGUUUGCACACAGGUCUGUGGGUUUGCCUGGUUUGGGAAUUGUGACAAUUGUGGCUUCCAACACCUCUGGGGGUAUGUUACCCGUGUCUAGAAUGUGGUUAAAUAAUGCCGUGAGGUGGGGGAGUAGUUGGUCCUCAAACACCUUAUAAUAGUGUACGGAGUAGCCGUCCGGUCCUGGGGCUUUAUGUCUCGGGGUGUCUCGUAGUGCCCUGGUGAUCUCGGCUGGUAGGAUCUGGGUAGUCAGCGUUGCGGCCUGCGCGGUGGAGAGCUGGGGGAGAUGUAUACCCUCCAGGAAGGUGGCGAUGUUCUGAGGGGUGGGCUGGUGCUGGGUGGAAUCCCCGGAGAGAUUGUAUAAUUUUGCGUAAAAAGUAGCAAAUUCGUCUACAAUCGCUUUGGGGUUCAUGAUUUUGGUUCCGUGUUCAUCUUUGAUAUAGGGGAUUUUUACCUGGGAGAUUCUCGCCUUGAGCUGAGAGGCCAGCAGUUUACCCGCCCUGUUCCCCUGCCUAUAGUAAGUUGUUUUCAUCUUCCUAAUGGCUCUCUCUACCCGUUGCAUUUGUAGUGUUUCUAAUGUGGAUCUAAUGUUUUGGACUUCGAGUCUAUGGGGGUUCAGUGGGUGAGGCUUUGUGUCGUGAUUCGGCUAACUGUAAUUCCUUCAGUAGGGAGUCACUUUUUUCAGAUAGUUGGCGCUUCAGUUUUUCCCCCAUCUGUAUGAGUGCUCCACGGGUGACUGCCUUGUGGGCCGGCCAUGUCGUGGUGACGCUCGUGUGAGUGUAGUGAUUGACUUCGAAGUAAUGUGUUAGCGAUUUCUGGAUCCCAGAGGCCCUCUCAGGGUUGUCUAUGAGGGACUCGUUGAGCCUCCAUUGCCCCCGUCCUCGGACUGGGUGUAGUGUGGUAAAUGAUGAUGUGAGGGGGGCAUGGUCUGACCAGGUUAUCGGGGCAAUAGCGACCUCCGCUAGGGUAUCCAGGGUUUUAGUGUCGACCCAACACAUGUCGAUGCGGGAAUAUUGGUCAUGGACCUUGGAGUAAAAGGUGUAGUCCCUAGAGGCUGGGUAGAGUGCCCGCCAGGUGUCAUGCAGGUUAUGGAGAUGAAGAAGCGUCGUCAGUUUGUCCCCUAGGAGCUUGUCUCUUGGGUGGGAGCCCGGUGUCCCUGAUCUGUCUAGGUCAGGGUCUAACACACAGUUAAAGUCCCCGCAUAUCAUCGUCUGUCCCUUCUUUAGUUUGUCAACCUUUCUCAGUGCCUUUCGUAGGAAGUCGUACUGGUUGACGUUGGGGGCGUAAAGGUUUGCUAUAGUCACCUGUGCGUCAUUGAGGAGGCCCACCAGGAUCAGGAGCCUACCGUCAGGGCUUUUGUAUUCCCUUUCACAUUGGAAGCUCCAAUCUGAGUGGAAUAGUGUGCUGACCCCUCUUGUCUUGUUAGGCGCUAGGGCGUGGUGCGCUAGUGGAUAUGAGGAGGCCGAAAACUUUGGGGGGUUCGUGGCUGAAAAGUGGGUUUCUUGUAUGCAUGCGACCGAGGCCUUCAGGGCUUUCAGUUGAGAUAGGGCCAGUCUGCGUUUUUGUGGGGUAUUUAGGCCAUGGGCAUUCAGGGACACCAAGAGAAACUUGCUAGGGGGGCUCAUUGCAUUGGGGGUUGGGCGCCUCGUGGGCACAUCUGGGUGAUUGAGGUUGUCUCGUGGGUUUAACGCAGUAAGGCUUAGGGAUGUCCUGGGCAGAUACUUCGUCUCUUAGCCCAUGGUAGAAAGGGAGCAUCUCAAAGGUAGGGCCGGGGCAUGGGAAAUAACAGAGCUGAUAACGGUGGGAACAAAAAUAUACAACAUAAACAAAGUAUAUACAGAGCAAAUAGCUAAGAAGCAUUAUGGGGAGGACGCCUCCGCCGAGCGCGUACCCUCUAUUGUUCUGAGAGGGGGCUGCAGCGGCGAGUGGUGUCCCAAGAGAACUUCGGGGGGGGGGAGGGAGGGGGUUCUUCAGCGUUCGGUGAGGCCUAAACGCCUGUCACAGUCCAAUCACCCGGUAUGUCUGAGUAGCUGGAGUGGGGCAAACAUUCCCCGGGGCCCACAGGGGGGGGGGUCAGCGAAGGUUGCAGGUAGCAAGGGUGUGGGCCUAGGCCAGUUCAUGAGUCUCAUCAUAGCCUUCUAGGGCCUAGGAAGAUGUGAGGCGGGGGUGGAAGAGUCCUUCGCCCCCCUGGAGGUGUAAGUCCAGAUAAGUCUCUCCCUUGGGUAGCAUUCCCGGUUCCCGGGAGGGGGGCGGCCAGCCCGGGGUAUGGGGUGGCGGGAGGUGCUGGUGGUAAGGUGGCUGAGCGUGGUAGGGCCAGGGUGCAGCUGUACUCACGUGCAGAUGUAAAACCUUGGUGUUGCCACAGUUCAUAGCACGGGUGUAGGCCUGAAGGGUGCCCCAGGGUUUGGAGAAUAAGUCGGCAGCGGCACAUGUUAGGAGGAGCCGUGGUGGCGACAUUGCUCAGGCCUUUGUCCAGCUUGUGGCCACUUUCCGCAGUGGGGCCGGGGUCGUGGGAGCGUUGUCAGUGGGAAAUAAUCCCCAGGAUUUGAGGGUCUCCAUUCCUUGGAUCGGGUCUUCAACUUUGGUCAGUGAUCCAUUGCGCCAUAUCAGGAGCUUAGUGGGGAAACCCCAUCUGUAAGGCACUUUGUGGUUUCUGAGGCACUUUGUGACAUUGAUAAAGUCCCGUCUUCUGGACAUCGUCGUCGGUGAUAGGUCAGCAUAUAGUGAUAUCUCCUCAAAUGUAGGUGGCAUUUCUGAUGCCUUUCUCUGCGCUGUGAGGAUUGCUUCCUUCGCGCUGUAAUAGUGUAAUCUGGUCACUACGUCCCUAGGGACAUCUCGAGCAAGAUUGGUGGGUUUUGGUACCCGGUGUGCUCGGUCAAGGCGUAAGUCCGCUAGUGCCAGGGCUGGUUGGAUAGCCUGAAAGAGGCGCAGUAGGUAGGACGGUAGAUCCUCCUGUGUCACCUUCUCCGGUACUCCUCGCACGCGGAUGUUGUUGCGGCGGGAGCGGUCUUCUAAGUCUGCCAUUUUUUCCGUCAGACGCCUGUUGUCUUUUUCCAGUUGCUGCAGUUUGCUCACUAUUGCAUCGUUGGCUUGGCACAGCUCAUCAGUUUUUUCCUCCAGUACAUUCACCCGUGUCCCCACUUCCAGGAGGUCAUUGCGCAGAUCUGAGACCACUGCUUGAAAGUCGGUUUUCAUAGACGUGCGCAGGUCAUGGAGCAUAGCUGCUAGUUUCACCUCUGAGAUAGAGAGAUCCCCUGUGGGGGUUUGCCGUGAUUCAUUAUCAGAGCCUGUUUCAGACGUGUGUGUUGGUGAGCGGGAGCCGCCGCCAUCUUGGUCGGAACAGAGCCGUUCUUUUUUUCCUUGCCGGAAAAAAUCGGAUGAACGCUGGGCUUUUGGAGGGGCCAUGCUGGGGUGGGGGGGGUGUUCCCCUUACCUCUGAUGCCGUUUGUGAGGUGGUGUGGGCUGUUUGCCGCUGUUUAUGCCGCGUUUUAGGCCGGUCCGGUCACGGAGCACUCACUGCAUGCGACCGUUCGGUUGGACCGGAAGUCCCGCCCCCCCCAUUAAGGAAUCUUAACUGCUUCAAUUGCUGCAUCACUGCAUGAUCUUGUAAGAAACCUGCAUUAUAUUAUUUUGGAAUAUACCGACCUGUUUCAACCUCUGCAACUCUGCAUGAUCCUGUAUUGUCUUAUCCUAAAAGGUAUUUACCUAUAACUAGCUGCAUUGCAAAGUAUCCUGGAAAUCCCUAACUACUUGGUAUCACUUCAAGCCUGCUUGUAUACAAAAGACUUUAUUCAUUUACUUUUUAAAUAUCUUGUUUGUGGCAUAUCGCCUAAACCCUGUUUUUCUCACAAAGAAUCCUGUUUCUGGCAAACUGCCCUUUAUUCUUUAUUUUCAGUAAAUUUGUUAUGUCUAAUACGACAAAGUUUUAACCAAUAACCUUUGCAAUUGUCUCCUAUCUGACCUGUUCAGGAGCAUGACAGCAGGUGGUGGAUCAAUUCUAGCCCAAAACACACCCAGACUCAGCCCGAACACAAAUAUUCUUCUCACAUAUUGGGGUUUAUCUACGACCAAUGCGUUAAUUAAUCUAAAAGAUUCAGGAUGUGAUUAGAGGUGAGAAUAUUUCUAAAUCAGCACGUUUUACUCAAAUUUUCUGAUUUUGUUUUUAAUUCACUGCAAUUUGGUAUUUAGUAAAUAUGGUAAAUCCCAUUGUUUGUAACCAAUCGCCUCUAUGUCCUGGGGUGUAGGUAUAGCGUCUUCUGAUAGAACCCGGAUUAACACUCCGGGAGGAAAUAAUUUGAGGUCACAUCCUCUCAAAGUCCCCAUUCAGGACUGCAAGGACAACCACCAAGCUGUGACAGUUACUUCAAUGCGUCCUUCACAGAGGGCUGAAUAGAGGAGAUUCAAUGGGGGAGAUUUAUCAAAGUGAUUUAAAAUAAUGUAUUUUAUUUUUGGUCUUUAAUAUGUUCAAAAUUAUUAAAUUCUUUCAAAAACAGUCUGAAAAGUGUCAGCUUUUCUCUGCCUGCAUUUUCACUGAAAUGUCCAUUUCAGAUAAAGACUACCCAAAAAACCAUGAGAAAGAUAGCUAUCUGAAACUGGUAGAAAUUCCAUGAUAUAAAGAUUAUCCUUGUAGACAAAGCAAACUGAAAGUAGUGCAGGAAUCUCAAUACGACAGAUAUUUAUACAGCGACACCAUCACAUGGCAGGGUACGGCUCCGACGUAUGGUGACAGUAAUUUAUAGAGACGUAUUUUGUCAUAUAAAGAAUGCGAAUAGAAAUCAAACUGCCAGAACAAAGAAUAUGAGAAAUAUAUAAAAGAGGCUGCACAGCGAUACUGAGAGAACAAACAGACAGCGCGUGUGUUAUAGCAGAAAGGAGCUUUCUCACCCAGCAUCACACGUUCUAGUGAGAACAAACGUAUAAAACAGAACUAAAUAAAGAUUCACCUUUUACGUUUUGACAAACAAAGUUUUAGACAGGAUCCAGCUUCUUGUUUCUGUAAAAGCCUGAUGUUCGUUGAUUUAAAGCUAUGGGCCGCAAUACCCCUCCCCCCCCCCCACCGUGGAUUUAUUCUGCGCAGACAUUUGUCUGGACUUGACUAUAAAGAUAGCGCCAGCCAGCCAGAACAGAAAUGUGCUGACUGUAACAGCUGCCCAUAGUAAGGUAGAAAGAUAUGGACAGUGCUGGUGGGGAUGGGGGUACACCGCAUUAUGGACAGUGCUGGUGGGGGAGGAGGGGGCACCGCAUUAUGGACAGUGCUGGUGGAGAUGGGGGUACACCGCAUUAUGGACAGUGUUGGUGGGGAUAGGGGUACACACAUUAUGGACAGUGUUGGUGGGGAUGGGGGUACACCGCAUUAUGGACAGUGUUGGUGGGGAUGGGGGUACACCGCAUUAUGGACAGUGUUGGUGGGGAUGGGGGUACACCGCAUCAUGGACAGUGCUGGUGGAGAUGGGGGUACACCGCAUUAUGGACAGUGCUGGUGGAGAUGGGGGUACACCGCAUUAUGGACAGUGCUGGUGGGGAUGGGAGGGUACACCACAUUAUGGACAGUGCUGGUGGGGAUGGGAGGGUACACCACAUUAUGGACAGUGCUGGUGGGGGAGGAGGGGGCACCACAUUAUGGACAGUGCUGGUGGGGAUAGGGGUACACACAUUAUGGACAGUGCUGGUGGAGAUGGGGGUACACCGCAUUAUGGACAGUGUUGGUGGGGAUGGAGGUACACCGCAUUAUGGACAGUGCUGGUGGAGAUGGGGGUACACCGCAUUAUGGACAGUGCUGGUGGGGAUGGGGGUACACCGCAUUAUGGACAGUGCUGGUGGAGAUGGGGGUACACCGCAUUAUGGACAGUGCUGGUGGAGAUGGGGGUACACCGCAUUAUGGACAGUGCUGGUGGGGAUGGGAGGGUACACCACAUUAUGGACAGUGCUGGUGGGGAUGGGAGGGUACACCACAUUAUGGACAGUGUUGGUGGGGGAUAGGGGUAUACUGCAUUAUGGACAGUGCUGGCGGGGGAGGGGCGUACACCGCAUUAUGGACAGUGCUGGCGGGGGGUACACCGCAUUAUGGACAGUGCUGGUGGGGGAGGAGGUACACUACAUUAUAGACAGUGCUGGCAGGGGGUACACUGCAUUAUGGACAGUGCUAGUGGGGGAUAGGGGUACACUGCAUUAUGGACAGUACUGGCAGGAAGGAGGUACACCAUAUUAUGGACAGUGCUGGCGUAGAGGGGGGUAAACAGCAUUAUGGACAGUGCUGCGGGAGGGGGUAAUCCCGCAUUAUGGACAGUGCUGGUGGGGAUGGGGGUACACCGCAUUAUGGACAGUGCUGGUGGGGAUGGGAGGGUACACCCCAUUAUGGACAGUGCUGGUGGGGAUAGGGGUACACCACAUUAUGGACAGUGCUGGUGAGGAUGGGAGGGUACACUGCAUUAUGGACAGUGCUGGUGGGGAUAGGGGUACACCACAUUAUGGACAGUGCUGGUGGGGAUAGGGGUACAAGCAUUAUGGACAGGACUGGCGGAGGGUACACCACAUUAUGGACAGUACUGGCGGGAAGGAGGUACACCAUAUUAUGGACAGUGCUGGCUGGAGGGGGGUGCACCGCAUUAUGGACAGUGCUGGCAGGGAGGGGGGUGCACUGCAUUAUGGACAGUGCUGGUGGGGAUAGGGGUAUACCGCAUUAUAGACAGUGUUGGUGGGGAGGAGGUACACCGCAUUAUGGACAGUGCUGGCGGGAGGGGGGUACACCUCAAUAUGGACAGUGUAGGUGGGGAUAGGGGUACACCACAUUAUGGACAGUGCUGGUGGGGAUAGGGGUACAAGCAUUAUGGACAGUACUGGCGGAGGGUACACCACAUUAUGGACUGUGCUGGUUGGGGAGGAGGGUACACCACAUUAUGGACAGUGCUGGUGGGGGAGGAGGGUACACAACAUUAUGGACAGUGCUGGUGGGGGAGGAGGGGGCACCACGUUAUGGACAGUGUUGGUGGGGGAUAGGAGUAUACUGCAUUAUGCACAGUGCUGGCGGGGGUGGGGCAUACACUACAUUAUAGACAGUGCUGGCAGGGGGUACACUGCAUUAUGGACAGUGCUAGUGGGGGAUAGGGGUACAUUGCAUUAUGGACAGUACUGGCGGGAAGGAGGUACACCAUAUUAUGAGACUGGCCAGUGCUUUGGCGUGGGGGUACAGCAUUAUGGACAGUGCUGGGAGAGGUAUACGCAUUAUAUGAGACAGUGCUGGCUGGAGGGUGCACGCGUAUGGACAGUGCUGGCAGGGGGGUGCACUGCAUUAUGGACAGUGCUGGUGGGGAUAGGGGUAUACCGCAUUAUAGACAGUGUUGGUGGGGAGGAGGUACACCGCAUUAUGGACAGUGCUGGCGGGAGGGGGGAACACCUCAAUAUGGACAGUGUAGGUGAGGAGGGGUUUACACCACAUUAUGGACAGUGCUGGUGGGAGGGGGGUACACCGCAUUAUGGACAGUGUUGGUGGGGAUGGGGGUACACCGCAUUAUGGACGGUGGGGGGGGGGGAGGGGGGGGCACCACAUUAUGGACAGUGUUGGUGGGGGAUAGGGGUAUACUGCACUAUGCACAGUGCUGGCGGGGGAGGGGCGUACACUACAUUAUAGACAGUGCUGGCAGGGGGUACACUGCAUUAUGGACAGUGCUAGUGGGGGAUAGGGGUACACUGCAUUAUGGACAGUACUGGCGGGAAGGAGGUACACCAUAUUAUGGACAGUGCUGGCUGGAGGGGGGUGCACCGCAUUAUGGACAGUGCUGGCAGGGAGGGGGGUGCACUGCAUUAUGGACAGUGCUGGUGGGGAUAGGGGUAUACCGCAUUAUAGACAGUGUUGGUGGGGAGGAGGUACACCGCAUUAUGGACAGUGCUGGCGGGAGGGGGGUACACCUCAAUAUGGACAGUGUAGGUGAGGAGGGGUUUACACCACAUUAUGGACAGUGCUGGUGGGAGGGGGGUACACCCAGGGCCGGCCUUAGGCCUCCAGGCGCCCUGUGCGAAAAAUCUUAACAGCCUGCCAUCCAUGUGUAUAGGGGAUUUAUUAAAUGAAAAUUUAACAAUUAACAAAUAUUUAUCACCUCUUCCCUGUCAUUACCUUGCAUGGAGGGAGGGCAUGCUGAUCUCUGGUGAUACAGUUUGCUGGGAAUAUGGACAGUACUGGCGGGAAGGGGUACACCACAUUAUGGACAGUGCUGGCGGGGAUGGGCAUUAUGGACCUUGCUUGUUUGAGCUGGAGGUGGAUAUAACAUAAGGAAGAAGUAGUGUCCCAAAUAUUCGCCCUCAAAGGCAAGUCUAUCAUAGUCAAUGUGACGAGACCAAUCUCGCCAAUGUGCAUUGGAGGAGCCUGGUUUCCUGCCUGCUGCCUUUUGACUAUGGACCGGCAUUCAAAUACUUUAUUUUCCUAUGCAGAAAGAUUCUCGGAUUUACUGAAUGAACUCAUUUAACCCAGAUAGCUAUGCCAUGUAGCCUAUUUGUGUAAUAAAAGACUUUGGCUCCAUGGCAAUUAAACUGUACGUGUGUGGUCUGAGUGCCAUUCAGUAAUAAUGUGCGCUCAGACCUAAGAUAUCUGGGGAUAUGUUGCAUGUCUGUAUUUUAUGUAAUAAAUGUAACCUUGUGUACAUUAUUGUAUUUUACUGUAUUUUGCCACCAUGUGGCUAAUGUAGUUUUGCCUCUGUCGUUGGAGAUAAUUGGAUUACUUUUCAAUUAUCUCCAGGAUAGAAGACUCUGUGGAACUGGUUUUGGGCAGAAAAGCCAUGCUUCAUUUGGUUACAAAGGACUACGAUCUAUCUUUUGAACCAAUGAACCAAUUUGGAUUUUGACAUAUGUUUGUAUUUGGAGUAUGCUGAUUCUGAAAAUGUAAGUUUUAUGUGAAUGUGAUGCAUACUUUUAAAGUUAUGAAUAAUGUGGAAAAACUGUAUUUCUCUGUCUGUGAUAAUUACAUUACCCAUUGUGUAAGGUAAUUGUUUCACAGGCAGAGGGGAGGAUUUUGUGUGGGAGUGUCUGACUGUAUUGUACAUGUUUUAUUGGUUGUUUUCCAAAACCCUGUGGGUGGUACUAAUGUGUAAGAAUGUGUAUAUAAGAACAAUAAACCCACAGCUCUGUCUGUUCCUGCUUGACCCUCAAAACAGAGCCUUGUCUCGUUCUUAGGGGGAUUUAUUGUAUGCUGUUCCAGUUUGACUCCUAGGAGUGUAAACCUAUUUGUAUGGUUUUUCCUAUUCGGCUGUUUACAGCAUUCGUAUGUUUGAGAGCAUUCAUAUGCUUCUCCGGUUCGGUGUAUUGGUGUCUACAGUAGCUGUGUCUGUGUCUCUGGAAGGGAAGAUCUACUAAACGGCUUUUAACCCCUUUUUAUGCCUGGGGGUGCCGUUACAGUCAAUAAUUCUAACACUGCAGGUAAGCACCAUUUUAUUCUAAACACCUGCUGGUGAUUCCACCAACACAGCGUAGAGAUUCUAUCAGGAGCAUCAAUAGAGGGGGCUGGAGAGGCCGAUCGCUUUUAGACAAUCAUAGCUCCCAUUGCCAGUAUGAAUCGGUAUGACUACAAGGAAGUGUGCAAUCUCUGUGGGUGGCAAAGAACCCUCAUCUUGUGGUAAAUGGCUCGAAAAUGGUUUAGCGCUGAAUGGAGGGACAGCGUCCGAAAACUCCAGCCACUUCAAAGAGAUUAAAUAGCUAUAGUGCCUAUAGUGUCCCCUUAAGCCCCAUCUCACCCUCCCACACACUUCAGCCCCUAUCCAAUAAUACAUCCCUAGCACAUACACAGUGCAAACCCAGCUUACACACUGUCAGAAUAUUUAUAUCAACAGACAUUUUGUGCUAAAAAGAAAUUAAAAGUGUAUAUUGCCAAAGUCACUCAGACAGAGCAGACUCCAUUUUGCUAUCUUCAGGAUAACAAAAACACAUAAUUUCAUUGAUUUCUCCUUACUUUCUGUAACUAGCCACUUGUUUGAGCUGAGGGAUGCAUUAUCUAAACACAGACACUAGCGACAGAGAAGACUAAAUAAUUAAUUUUACUUUCUAAAUUUUACAAGCUUCCAUUGUAAGUAAGGGGUGAAAUUGAGUUUAGAACUGUCAAUUUUACAAGUUACGAUCAAAGUAGUUGCCACAAAGACUGAGUCAAACUGAAUUGACAGCAAAUCUAAGUUAUGGUAGUCAUUUUAGAUAAGCCAAAUGACGUCAAAAUCGUCAUCAGGAAAAGUUAACUCUUUCCUGGAUAGGAAGGUUUCGUUAGACGAGACUGCCCUCUAUGGAUCAAAUACCUAAAUUGCGAUCCCUAGAUUGGACACACCUACGGCUUCCUAUUGGUUUAUCAACUAAUGACGUACAAAGAGUCUGGCCCUUUAAAAGUAAGGACAAAGGGAAAAGUUAGGAAGACAGAGAGAUAGAGGGAGUUGAAGUUUGGGGAUUCCAAGUCAGACAUGCAGAGAGAGAGGCUCAAGAAACAUCUCUGAAACUAACACUCUACUCUUAAAUUACUUAGAAUUUUACUGAUACUUUCUAACCAACACCACUUUUCUCUAUUACCCACGCACCUCCAUACAACCAAUCAAGUUUCUGGGAAUACCUACUCAUCUGAUGAGAAUAUCUACAUAACUGGUAAUUAUGCUGGUUUUAUUUAAUUAAUUUAAAUUAAUUAAAGGUUACUAAUAGCAUGAUAUAUGACUGGAUAAAUCAUGGUCAGAUUUCAAUAUUUAGAAAUCUUAGUUAACUAAAGAAUAUAUAGUUAUAAACAUUCCAUUCUGCAGGUGGAAUUAAGAAUAAUUAUAUAUUAAUGUGAUAGUAUCACGUGUUAGCAUACCGCUGUUUUUAUCCAGGUUUAUUGAUUUGCUCUAAAAUAAGAUAAGUUAUCUUUUUAGGCAAAUUAAAAUUCGGCUUAUAGAAUCUGGUAGAUUAUUCUUAUUGGAUGGUUCCAGAAAAUGAUUUAUGAGUUGGUACAAAUGUUAUUUUAAUUGAAAAUCACAGGAGAAUAGGAUACUAUAUGCCUAGGAGGAUCCAGCCAGCACUGAAAGGGUUAUUCAGUUGACUUAACUGUUAACCAGGGUUUUAAUGCUGGGCUGUGUGAAGUUUGCUUUCUGUUCUACGGAAUACCUCAUAAAUCGUGUAAAUCUUGACAGCUGGUGCUGUUAGCCUUUGGGACAUGUUAGCCAUUCCAUUGUAUUGAAUACUUGUGUUAUACUAAAUACUCACUGAUUAUUAUCAUGCAUGCUGCCUAAUAUCAUUGUUAUGUUAUUUGUUACAAUAAAAAUAAAUCUAUUUUUAUAACAGAUUGUGAUUUAUUUAUGGAAUACUUUUCACUUAUUUGAUAAACGAUCUCUAAGAUCUAAGAGAAUUGAAAUAGUGGGCAAUUCUCGACUGUUUAAUAUUAUCAUCCCAUAAAUAUCCCCACAACACAUACUACAUCCCCAGGACACACACAUACACUGCAUCCCCAGUGGACACACAUACUACAUCCCCAGGACAUUCACGCACACUGUAUCCCCAGGACACUCACACACACUGCAUCCCCAGGACACACACAUACACUGCAUGCAUCCCCAGCACACACACACUGCAUCCCCAGGACACACACACAUUGCAUUUCCAGCAUACACACACUGCAUCCCCAGUACACACAUACACACUGUAUCCCCAGGACACACACACACACAUGGUAUCCCUAGUACACACACACACUCACACUGUAUCCCCAGUACACACACACACUCUAUCCCCAGCACACACACACUGUAUCCCCAGCACAUGCACACUGUAUCCCCAGCACACACACGCAAUCCCCACUACACACACACACACUGUAUCCCCAGGACACAAACGCACACUCUAUCCCCAGGACACACACACACUGUAUCCCCAGUACACACAAAUACUAUAUCCCCAGGACACACACACACUGAAUCCACAGCACAUGCACACUGUAUCCCCAGCACACACACACACUGUAUCCCCAGCACACACACACUGCAUCCCCACUACACACACACACUGGAUCCCCAGAACACACACGCACACUCUAUCCCCAGUACACACACACACUGUAUCCCCAGUACACACACAUACACUGCAUCCCCAGUGGACACACAUACUACAUCCCCAGGACAUUCAUGCACACUGUAUCCCCAGGACACUCACACACACUGCAUCCCCAGGACACACACAUACACUGCAUGCAGCCCCAGCACACACACACUGCAUCCCCACUACACACACACACUGGAUCCCCAGAACACACACGCACACUCUAUCCCCAGUACACACACACACACAUACACUGCAUCCCCAGUGGACACACAUACUACAUCCCCAGGACAUUCAUGCACACUGCAUCCCCAGGACACAUACACAUUGCAUUUCCAGCAUACACACACUGCAUCCCCAGUACACACACACACACACUGUAUCCCCAGGACACACACACACACAUGGUAUCCCUAGUACACACACACACUCACACUGUAUCCCCAGUACACACACACACUCUAUCCCCAGCACAUACACACUGUAUCCCCAGCACACACACACUAUAUCCCCAGCACACACACAUUAUAUCCCCAGCACAUGCACACUGUAUCCCCAGCACACACGCAAUCCCCACUACACACACACACACUGUAUCCCCAGGACACAAACACACACUCUAUCCCCAGUACACACACACACUGUAUCCCCAGGACACACACACACUGAAUCCACAGCACAUGCACACUGUAUCCCCAGCACACACACACUGCAUCCCCACUACACACACACACACACUGGAUCCCCAGAACACACACGCACACUCUAUCCCCAGUACACACACACACACUGUAUCCCCAGCACACACACACUGCAUCCCACUACACACCACACUGGAUCCCCAGAACACACACCGCACACUCAUCCCCAGUACACACACACACACGUAUCCCCAGUACACACACACACACACUGUAUCCCCAGUACACACACAAACACUAUAUCCCCAGGACACACAUGCACACUAUAUCCCAGGACACAUGCACACUGUAUCCCCAGGACACACAUGCACACUGUAUCCCCAACACACACACACUGUAUCCCCAGCACACACACACUGCAUCCCCAGUACACACACACACACUGUAUCCCGAGGACACACACGCACAAUCUAUCCCCAGUACACACACACACACUGUAUCCCCAGUACACACAAACACUGUAUCCCCAGGACAAACAUGCACACUGCAUCCCCAGUACACACACACACACACACACUGUAUCCCCAGGACACAAACGCACACUCUAUCUCCAGUAUACACACACACUGUAUCCCCAGGACACACACGCACACUGUAUCCUCAGCAUAUACACACACUGUAUCCCCAUACACACACACACACACACACACACACACUGUAUCCCCAGCACACACACAUACUGUAUCCCCAGCACAUGCACACUGUAUCCCCAGUACACAGAAUUCAGGGGUGGGGCAGGAAUUCGUCACCAAAUUUCUUUUGGGCUCAAUUUCCCAGUGUAUAUGGAUCCUAGCAAUACCCCUAUCUCUAUCAAACUGACUGUAGUGGAGAGGUAGUAUAAUCCACAGUAUCUCCGCUGGGUAACAGGAACAGCAUAGAAUCCUUAAAGCAAAAUAAGUACAGCAUGCAAUAAUCCCGGUAGCGUUGUAUAAAUCCUCCUUCCCAAGAACUAGACGACACAUAGGCUGGGAGUCAACUGAGUUUUUAUUCACAGGUCACCGUAUUUAUGGGAUUCCCCAUGCAAGGGGUUUCCCUACUGACAUUCCAGGGGUGGUACAGUAGGGGACUACAUGGGGAACUUAACAACCUGGACAUUUCUCCCAUCAUGCACUGCUGGACGAGAGGGAUACUCCCACUGGAAUAUCCCGUUAAGUGGAUUAUCCCUCCGUGCAGCAGAACCAAUAUUUCACAUGAAAAUGUAUAACUUUUGCAUUAUUCACUCUAUUUAAAUGAAUGGACGUUCGGUAGAUAGCUGGUGUCUGAGCGCACAGUUCGUGAUAGUGCCUCUCAGAUCCCAGCAUAACCAACCGAACGCCGCCCGAAAUACACAUUAUUUUCUAGUUUCUUUCAAAGUACCGAUUGACAUUAGGGGAACAAACUACCAAAGUCCAGCGGUAUUCGUGCCGUCAAGUAGCCGAUUUUAGUUCCAGGCGUUCGACGACCAAAUACCGCUGGGCUAACAAAGGAUCCAAGAUGGCCGACCGCCGUGUGGUCGGUAGCCGAACGGCGGCCACCCUGAAUCGCUAUAAUUACGGAAUGAAACAUUGUUGCAACACUUAAUGGGAGCCACACGACCUCCUGUGUGUGUGGUCUCCCAUUCGGUAGUUAAUUUGUUUCACAAACGGGUGGAAUUCCCUGUUCGUGACACUACUGUAUGAAUGCUGGUGGCUUUCUUGCUGCCAGCAUAUGAAUGCUCUCGUUCGCACAGUAUGCUUAAACAGAUAUUCCGUUGGUUCUUACAGUCUUUAAAGGUAUAGUAACAGGUACAUGAAAAUACAUCCUUAAGUGGCUUGUUUUGCCACACUGACUGUUGACUUUCACCCAGAGAAAAGCCUACUGACGCACCACGUACAUCUCUGGUCCGGAGACGUAGAUAUGAUACACAGUCACUGCCAUUAAUAAAGAUUGGAGCUUGUACCACACAGUAAAAACAGAUAUUUAUUCAUUAGCCACAGCAGAUAUUUUAUUCUGCAGUUUUGCUUAUUUUGACCUUUGGAAUGCAAAUUAUAAAUAGCAGUUUUUUUCCUUCGCUUUGUGUACUUGAAAGCGAAUUGAUGUAGAAUUAUAAAGAGUUGUUUUUUUUUUUCUUUCCAAUUCGACAUUAGCAUAACCUCAGCAUUCCCCAGAAGCACAUUAUUAACUAUAUUCUUGUGUGAAACUAACUGUAAUAGCAAUUAUUUAAAUUUAUUCAUUGGCUACAAUACUGUUAUAGAAUGAAAUCAAUACAGUAUUUAACCAUUGCACGGUCCGGGUUCCAUAAUGCAUUGCAUUCCCACUGCAGUCACACACAGGGAGGCUCAUUUGUAAAUGUAUGUUAUUCAGAGUGAUCAUCUACCCGUCCCGGCCAGUAUAUAGGUGUACAUACAUGAAUAUAUUAGGCUUUCAUGUAUUGAGAGAAUCUGUCGGAGAUGGACAGUAAUCACCUGGGGUGCUCAUUAAGGAGAUAUCCGUUACGCAUUUGGGCGUCUUUGAAGCCCAUUUUAAGGAAGAAGUGCGCUGUGUGUAGGCGUGAGAUGUUUGGAAGUAACGAGGUUUGUUUGGCUAAUUAGAAAAACUGUUUAAUUGGGAUGUUUCUUUUUUUCCAUUUUCGGAUCGGAAUAAUUGUAGUUUGUGUUUUAUAAUGGAGAUUCAGACUUUAAAUAAACCUUUAUUUGCGAGUGUAACAGAUAUACAUAUACUGAGUCUGUGUACUCGGUAAUACAAUAUCACUGAAACUUAUAUCACCGUCUAUCGAGAAAUAAACUCUUUCUAAAAAAUAACAAUUUAAACAUCCACUACAGGAACUUACUCUAUUUUAUAUACUUUUUAUAACAACUCUCUCACUGUAUCUCAAUAGAGGAACUCUGUCACUUUAUAUACUUUAUAUAACAACUCUCUCAUGAGAUUAUGGAUUUUUCUACAUUUUGAUAGCUCCGAUAGGGGAUAAGUAAUUUAAAUCAACUUAAUUUCAUUUUUGAAUUCAUCAUAUAACCAGUUAGUAUUAUUUACUUAGCUGGGCAUCCUUCAUGGCUAUAACUAGUGUUUAAGAUGUUUGUAACAUUGUUAUUAUCAUUAUAUUGGGAAUAGAUAUAACUUGAUAUUUUGAUUAUGAGAUCCUUUGAUUACAUGUGCUUAUAUUUGGUUAUAAUUUUGUGUAUAUAGGUCUGGUAUAUUUAUUUUUUUCAGUUAAAUGUUACCUUUUCUGUUUUUUUAGAACCUAUUGAUCUUAAGUCAUUGACUUGAAGGAGGUGCUCAAAUUAUACAAGCAGAAUGCCCCACUAAUACCUGUCCCCCAUUUUAAGCAAGUAAAUACUGAAAGUGUUCCCCACCAUCACUUAGUCUUGACAAAGUCUGUUUCUAGGGACAAAACACGUCGUCGUGUGAUUGUGGGCUUCAAUGUUGUAUGAUUUUGAUUGUCUGUACAUUCCUGUAGCUAUUAAGUCGGUACUUCUAUCAGUGGACUUCGCUCCUAAUUGACAACCUGACGAGUAGAAUAUGGUGUCGGUCUUGAUGCAGAUACCACGAGUGUUUCAGGCUUAUUUGAACCUUCUUUGUUUUCUACGGAGGGACUCUGUCUGACUGACCUCAGUGCACGUCUGAUCCACCUGAGGUGAGCAGAGUGAGUUUAUUUACACCAUAGACUCAAAGACAAUUCCACGGGGGGCUAACAUGUUCUAUAUCUCAUCAGCACUGCAUCUACACUUAUUCUAUUACUGUCAGGAUUAUAUUAAUCCAGCACGCAGAGAACUAAGGGUAAUGUCUUAUCGGGCCUUAGAAUGGCUGGACUUAACAAACCCGAGAAUAGUCAGAAAACUAGCCGAGGUCAGGGAUACAGAAUGAGACACAACGAUAAGGAUAACAAAAAGUCUAGGAUACCAGAAAUCAAAGCCAAAGUCAAAAACCAGAAAAACACGAUCAGGUACACACUCUCGGAUAACCAUGUAGGGGAAACCACGACAGGGCAAUGAGCUAUGGGAAUAAGAGACUUUAAAUAACCCUCUUGCAGAUCCGAUUGGCUGUACCUAGCCCUUGACCCCAAAACGUGCGUGCUCGUCUUUUGAGUGACGUCACCUGCACGUCGACGUUGUCUUUACCACGGAUGGACGUGGGGCUAUAUAAUUGUGGGGGUCUGUAGCGGCCGCCGUCCACCGACAUGCCACAAAAGCCAGGCAUGACAGCAGAAGACCGGUGAGCGGCACUCCCCUCUAUCUUCGGAAGGUAAUUAUCUCCGUUUUUGUCACAUGGAGACAAAGAAUACGUGACAAUUACUCCCAGCUUGCACUGAUCAAUGGAUCUGGAUUUUCGUCCUUUGCUGUAAUUACCGGUGUGGCUGAGGAUACUAGGAAUCUGGAUACCUCUGCUGCUAAUUGCCUUUAGUUGGACUAUGCAGCACCUACACUCGCUACUCAUUACGGCUGUUCAUUGUUCAUAGAACCUUUCAGGCUAUAGCUGUUGCUCUCUAAACACCGAUAAUCAUUUUUUAAUAUACAACGGGACACAUAUUAUAUGAAUGAUUUUAUUAUUCUGCCAAUUGGUUGCUGCGUAUUUAGUGAUCACUGUGCUUUUUUAUGGUAAAUAAUAGUUAACUUUACUUUUACCUACUGUGGCAAACCUAGCCACUUGGACAAUAACUAGAGACUGUGCCUUUAAGGGUUGCCAAUAGGUCGGGCGAGAUAUGCGCUUUACACUCAUAUAGAUGUUAAUGUAUUUUCCGUAUUGCCUGCAAUGCUGUUUCCGCCGAAUGCAAAUGGCGGUUUUGUAUGGGGAUUCUCUUUCGUUUCACGAACGGCACUUUAGAAAGCCGUUCGUAAACCGAACGCGAUACCCCCUAAUAGCCCACACACUUAGAGGCGUGUGGCGCUAGUUAACCGAUUGCAACAUUGUUGCAAUCGGUUAUUAGAGGCGCUCCUGGGUGGCCGUCGUUCGACUACCGACCAUGCGGCGGUCGGCCAUCUUGGAUCCCUUGUCUUCGGCGGGGCCGUGUCGUCGAACGCAUAGCAUUACCAACAGUUAUUCGACGGCACGAACACCGCUGAGCCUCCAGGACGUUCGGGAGUUUCAGGACCAGGUUCACUAAAAGCAAUCGGUUCUUUUCGUGUGUUUUGAAAGAAAUGUGUUUUCUGUGCGGCGUUCGGUUAUUUUAGCUGGGAUCUGAGCGGCAAUCUCACGAAUGAUGCGCCCAGACCCCAGCUAUCUACCGAACGUCCAUUCGUGUAAAUCCACUGUGUAUUUUAAAAGUUAUGUAUUUUUAUAUGGAUUGCCGGUUCUGCUGCACGAGGGGAUAAUCCCCUUAACGGUGCAUUCUGGGAGGAUGAUCCCUCUCGUGCAGCGGUGCCUGCUGGGAGAAAUAUGUUAUACUGUAAGUCCCCCAUGUAGUCCCCUCUGGGAGUGCCCCUGGGGAGGGACUCAGGAAACCCCUUGCAUGGGGACUUGUAUAAAUUGUCCUGCUGAUUAAAAGGUUGUCAGUUGACUCCCAAAACUGUGUCUCGUCCGGUUAUUGGGAGGUUGGGGAUAUUGCCUUGGUGUUUUCAGCGCUUGACUGUGGAUUCGUUUCUGGACCAGCGGAAUUCGUGGAUUUAAUAUUGGCGUUCCGCUACAAUUGGUGGCAGCGAGGGAUCCAACUCUACAGCCGAAUACAGCGCAUUCGAAUAGAAAGAACAACCGAACGGAAAGGCAAUUCGUAUGAAACAAGCAGACGAAAGCGAUCAGUGAAUGGGGACUGAUUACACGGCGUUAAAGAGACAGACGCUAAAGGAGCUGCUGGAGGCUAGAGGGAAAAGCGCUAGCAAUAAAUCGAAAGCAGUACUGAUUGCAGAGCUAAUGGAGGGCGACCAAGCGCACAGCAGUCCACCCCCACCUGCCAGAGAGGAAACACCAUACCAGAGGGAACUGAGAACCCGGCUGGAAUUCGUACCACAGCCAGUAACCCUGGACAUCUUAACCGUACUGAUGGCGGACGUCCAGGAUUACAUUAUGGCACAGCAACACCAGAGGUCACCAUCCAGGGCGGAAUCCAUCGCCAAUUCAUUCUGCGCUCCAGUGAAGCAGAAAAUACCUUACCAGGCAUUUAAAGCAUUCUGCGAGGAGAAAGACGAGAUUGACGGAUACCUGCAGGAUUUUGAGCGGUUGUGCGACCUACACGAUCUAGAACAGGCUAUGUGGGUACCCCUACUGGCAGGCAAGUUGGCAGGACGAGCAGCCGAGGCGUAUCGCGCUGUGCCCAGAGAAGAUAGCAAGGACUAUUUUAAAGUUAAGAGGGCAAUUCUGGAGAGGUAUGCCAUAACCCCGGAGGUGUACCGGCGUAAAUUUCGGGGAUUGAGGAAGCCCGAGAAAGAUUCCCACGCUGAGUGGGCACAUAAGCUCGACCAAGCGUCGCAAGGAUGGAUUCAGGCGAGCCAAGCUACCACAAUGGAGGAACUGCGCCAACUCAUCUUGCUGGAGCAAUUUUUUAACGGACUGUCACCUGAGGCACAAGAAUGGGUAAGGGACAGGAAACCCCUCACCCUAACCGAAGCCGCCCGGUUGGCGGAUCAGCAUUUUGACGCCCGAAGGCAUCAUGGGCUUCCCAACAGGGCUCACCUGAGACCAGCUGUACCACACCACCCAACCAUCUCCACACCCGCCAACGCUACUCCAUUCCGGCCACCACCAGGAAACCCCCCACCGCCAUCACGCUACAAUGGCAGGGCCAACAUACAAUGCCAUACCUGCCGGCAGUGGGGGCAUAUGUCCCGGGAGUGCACCCAGAAUCGGAGCAGGCAGGCGUGGAACCAGGUACGGCAAAACUCCGCUCCAAGGGCAGCGGCCCAUUUCUACCACACAGAACCUGACCACUCGGAGCUGGCAAGUCUACCAACCGAAGAACCAUUGGGGUUCUGUACGAGGUGAUGUCUGUGCAGGCCACGGACAACCGGCAGCAUCACCGCCAAGUUGUAUUUGUGGGAGGGAAAGAAGUGCAGGGGCUGCGGGACUCGGGAGCCACCUUGACCUUAGUGGCCCCCCAUUUAAUUCCAGAUACGGCCCACACUGGCGGAUCAGUGGCAGUCCGGGUAGCAGGGGGAGCCAUGUACCGGUUACCCACGGCCAAAGUGCAUUUGAACUGGGGUGCUGGGGAGGGGGUGGUAGAGGUGGCCAUAAUGAAGAAACUACCGGCCGAUGUUGUUUUGGGGAAUGACUUGGGCCCGAUGACUUCUGCGUUUCUUCCUCAGGCUCCUGCCCAGGAGGCGCAUCCGGUAACCACCCGGCAACAGGCUCGCACCACGGCAUUUCCCGCACACUCUGAGGCUCAGGUAAGACACCAUGACCCCCCCCUGACCGACAUGACUUGGGACACCCCGACCACAUUUGAAGCUGAGGUUCAGGCAGACCCCACACUGCAGGUGUACCGAGAUAGGGUAGACACGGACCAGGUGGGGCGGGAGGGGGAACGGUACAUAUGGGAAAAGAAGUUACUCUACCGGGUGGCGGAACGGGCAAUAGGCAACUCUGUGACGCUCCAAACCAAGCAGCUAGUGGUGCCCCAGAAGUAUAGGCAGGAGCUACUGAGAAGAGCUCAUGAUAUUCCCCUGUCCGGCCAUUUAGGGAUGACCCGGACCCGGUAUCGCUUAACGCACGCUUUCUUUUGGCCCGGGAUUUCCAAAGACGUGAGGCAAUAUUGUACCUCCUGUGAUGUGUGCCAGAGGGUAGGCAAAAGGGGGGAUCGCCAUAAGGCAAAACUAUGUCCCCUACCCAUAAUUGAGGAACCGUUCAGCCGGGUAGCAGUAGAUAUAGUAGGGCCACUACCAAAACCCAGCCCCUCUGGGAAACGGUAUAUCCUGACCGUGGUGGAUUACGCCACCCGGUACCCCGAGGCGAUUGCCCUAACUAAUAUCCACGCGGAGACCGUAGCCGAAGCCUUGAUGAAAAUAUUCUCCCGAGUAGGGUUCCCACAGGAAAUGGUCUCAGAUAGGGGGACCCAAUUCACGGCUGAGGUUACUCAGCAGUUAUGGAGGAUAUGUGGCAUAAAGCCGAUCAUUAACUCCGCGUACCACCCGCAAUCCAAUGGAUUAUGUGAGAGAUUCAACGGUACCCUAAAACAGAUGCUUCGGACAUUCGGAGAGACCCAUAAGGACUGGGAACGAUUCCUUCCCCAUCUGUUGUUUGCAUACCGGGAGGUGCCCCAAGAGUCUACGGGUUUCUCCCCCUUUGAACUAUUGUUUGGGAGAAGGGUCCGGGGGCCGUUGGAUCUCAUUAGAGAGCAUUGGGAGGGAGAGAGUAGUGCAGAUGGGACCCCUAUUGUACCAUACGUGCUGGCGUUCCGGGAUCGCCUGGAGGAAUUGACCCAGGCGGUGCGCACCAACCUCCAGGCCGCCCAACAACGACAGCGUCGUUGGUAUGACAGAGGGGCCAGAGACCGUAGUUUUCAAGUGGGGCAGAAGGUGCUAAUCCUUAAACCUGUCCGCACCGAUAAACUGCAGGCCGUCUGGCAGGGCCCAUACCAGGUGGUAGAGCAGAGAUGCGAUACCACCUAUGUGAUCGGCCCAUGCUCCGGAGUAGGGAAGAGACGCAUGCUCCAUGUGAACAUGCUCAAACCCUACCACGAGCGGACGGAGGACGUGGCAGCUAUUUGCACGCCCGCCUCCGAAGAUCAGGAGAACCUGCCCCUUCCAGAUCUGUUAGAGCAGGAGGAGCAGAAGGAACCCUCCCAGGGGGUUCAACUGGGGGAGCGGCUAAGUCCUCAAGAGCGUAUCCAGGUACAAGAACUGAUAGCAGCAAAGGGCGCUACCUUUUCUAACCUACCUGGGUACACUCCACUAGCCACCCACCGAGUAGAAACCCCGGGACAGCUUCCCAUGCGACAGACCCCCUAUCGGAUUCCUGAAUCCGUGCGGGAACAUAUGAGGAAGGAAAUUGAAGAGAUGUUGCAGUUAGGGGUUAUUGAACACUCAGAUAGCCCCUGGGCAUCGCCGGUAGUCCUGGUUCCCAAGAAAGAUGGUACCACCCGGUUCUGUGUAGACUACCGGAGGUUGAACGACAAAACUGUGUCGGACGCCUACCCGAUGCCUCGGAUAGACGAACUGCUUGAUAGGAUGGCCAGGGGUCAGUAUCUCACUACCAUAGAUUUGUGUAAGGGAUACUGGCAAAUUCCACUAGCCGAGGACGCCAUUCCUAAGUCGGCGUUUGUCACCCCGUUUGGCUUGUACCAAUUUCGAGUCAUGCCAUUCGGGAUGAAGAACGCCCCCGCGACAUUCCAGCGGAUGGUGGAUCGGCUACUGGACGGGUUCCAGGACUAUGCGUGUGCAUAUCUGGACGAUAUUGCCAUCUACAGUCAGACCUGGUCAGAACACCUACAACACAUAGGGGCAGUAAUAGAUCGGAUCCGAGAGGCAGGGCUUACCUUGAAACCCAGCAAAUGCCACAUAGGGAUGGCAGAGGUCCAGUACUUAGGACACCGGGUUGGUAGCGGGCAGCAGAAGCCUGAGCCCGCAAAGAUUGAAGCUGUAGCACAGUGGCCUACCCCUAGGACCAAAACCCAAGUCCUGGCUUUCCUAGGUACCGCAGGGUACUACAGAAAAUUUGUACCCAACUACAGUGCCCUGGCCAAACCCCUGACGGAUUUGACAAAGAAAAACCUGCCCCGGCAGGUCGUCUGGGCCCCAGAGUGUGAACAGGCAUUCAACCAGCUGAAAACGGCUCUGACCAAUGCCCCUGUACUGGCUGCUCCUGAUCCAACUAAACGUUUUCUUGUUCACACAGACGCCUCAAUGUUUGGAUUGGGAGCAGUACUGAGCCAGGUCGGAGCCGAUGGUGGAGAACACCCCGUAGCCUACUUGAGUCGGAAACUGUUACCCCGAGAAGUGAGCUACGCCGCCAUAGAGAAGGAAUGCCUGGCCGUGGUGUGGGCCCUGAAAAAGUUACAGCCGUAUCUCUAUGGGCAACCCUUUUCUUUGCUCACAGAUCACAACCCGUUGGUGUGGCUAAACCGUGUGGCUGGAGACAAUGCCAGGCUGCUGCGCUGGAGUUUGGCGCUGCAGCCCUUUGACUUUACAAUACACUACCGCCCAGGGAAACAAAACGGUAAUGCCGACGGGUUGUCCAGACAAACAGACCUUGAGAAAUGAUCUGUGAGCACUCCUCCGGACAUCCCCAAGCCGAUCCGUUGGGAUCAGACUGUGUAUGCCGGCUUGGUUCUGGGGGAGCAUUGUGGCAAACCUAGCCACUUGGACAAUAACUAGAGACUGUGCCUUUAAGGGUUGCCAAUAGGUCGGGCGAGAUAUGCGCUUUACACUCAUAUAGAUGUUAAUGUAUUUUCCGUAUUGCCUGCAAUGCUGUUACCGCCGAAUGCAAAUGGCGGUUUUGUAUGGGGAUUCUCUUUCGUUUCACGAACGGCACUUUAGAAAGCCGUUCGUGAACCGAACGCGAUACCCCCUAAUAGCCCACACACUUAGAGGCGUGUGGCGCUAGUUAACCGAUUGCAACAUUGUUGCAAUCGGUUAUUAGAGGCUCUCCUGGGUGGCCGUCGUUCGACUACCGACCAUGCGGCGGUCGGCCAUCUUGGAUCCCUUGUUCUUCAGCGGGUCCGUGUCGUCGAACGCAUAGCAUUACCAACAGUUAUUCGACGGCACGAACACCGCUGAGCCUCCAGGACGUUCGGGAGUUUCAGGACCAGGUUCACUAAAAGCAAUCGGUUCUUUUCGUGUGUUUUGAAAGAAAUGUGUUUUCUGUGCGGCGUUCGGUUAUUUUAGCUGGGAUCUGAGCGGCAAUCUCACGAAUGAUGCGCCCAGACCCCAGCUAUCUACCGAACGUCCAUUCGUGUAAAUCCACUGUGUAUUUUAAAAGUUAUGUAUUUUUAUAUGGAUUGCCGGUUCUGCUGCACGAGGGGAUAAUCCCCUUAACGGUGCAUUCUGGGAGGAUGAUCCCUCUCGUGCAGCGGUGCCUGCUGGGAGAAAUAUGUUAUACUGUAAGUCCCCCAUGUAGUCCCCUCUGGGAGUGCCCCUGGGGAGGGACUCAGGAAACCCCUUGCAUGGGGACUUGUAUAAAUUGUCCUGCUGAUUAAAAGGUUGUCAGUUGACUCCCAAAACUGUGUCUCGUCCGGUUAUUGGGAGGUUGGGGAUAUUGCCUUGGUGUUUCAGCGUUUGACUGUGGAUUCGUUUCUGGACCAGCGGAAUUCGUGGAUUUAAUAUUGGCGUUCCGCUACACCUACUUUUUCAUUCCACUGUUACUUUAUUUUAUUAAAUAUUUUGUUUAAUACCUGCUUAUAGCAAUAAAUGUUACUUUUUAUUUAACCUUUUCUAGACUUGGUUUGUAGCUUGCUGCUUCUCCUGUUGUUUUAUCGCUUAGAAGAUGGACACAAAACUGAUCAUUGAAAAUAAUUUGGAAAAGUUCAGCAUAAAUAGCUAAUGUGGAAAAACUCCCCAGCUCUGCUAACAGAGGCAAAGUGAGAUGUGCGAAUUAAAGUGGCGCUUCUUGUGCAAAAUAAAUCAAGAAGUAAAUAUCUAUAUUAAUAUAGCAGCUGUGGUACUUUGUGAGUGCUCCUUAAACCCCACAAUGACAAUAAAACGAAAUAAAAUACAGAAACGUGAACCUCUAAAUAUAACGAUGGGGAAGCUUAAUUUCUUUAACCACAUAUAAAUAAACAGAAAAAAACAAAAUAGUGCAAUAUUGUCUGAAUCCACCCGUGUAUUCGAUUACAAUUAAAGGUUAUAUGCUCACAAUGCUUUAAGACCGUAUGGCUCUAAACUUAAAGUCUUCGGAGCCAUUUUGGCGCCAACAGGACCUCUUCAGGUGGUUGAGUAAAAUCUCUCCAGUGAAGUACAUAAAAAUAAACAGAGGACAAUAGAACAACUUGGUGCAUAUUGUGAUGAGAAAAAUGGACCUAAAAUACUGACAGAGCUCACCUUUAAUUGGAGCCCAUUAUUAUCGCCAUUUACAUAGCGCCAACAGAUUCCGUAGCGCUUUAUGACUGGCUCCAAGUUUGUGCAGAAUGCCAAAUCCCCUUCUGCUCCCCAGAAUAGAGAGUACUGGGGCUGGAGUCACUUAAUCAAUUGAUAAAAAAGACUAAAAAAAAUAAAAUUAAAUAACUAUUUUUUAAAACAUACAGUCUUUGUAGCAAGUAAGCCCCCCCUCACUGGCCAUCUCUAUCCCCCACUCACUCACACACCCACUCAUUCAUUAUCCCCCAUCACCACACCCCAUUAUUAUCCCCCCUCACCUUACCCCCAUUCAUUAUCCCCAUCACACCAUACCCCCCUCAUUCACCCCCUCCCCAAGUUCCCUGUUGCAGUUCCAGCGGUAGCCGCCAGGGUGCGCUGUUUCCUCUCUGCUGUCUCUCGUUUCGCCGUUUGACCCUCGCCGGAUGCCGUCUGGGCUUUAAGUCUCUGAAUCCGGAAGUGACGAUCCUUUCCGAUCUGAGAGCCAGCGGUGUUCGGGUGAGUAUCCGCGCUUCGCAAUCCGCCGCCAUCCUCGGUAAUCCCAGCUCGGCCCCGCUCUAAUCCCUCACUGGGGGACAGCUGGGGGGGCUCUGCUCUGAGUGCGCACGGUAUGGGCGGGAGAUGGGCCGCUAUUUACUAACCGUCUGUCUGUCUCCCGCAGGUCCCUGGAAGAGAACGCUGCAACAUGGUAAGAGGCCGGGGGGGGAGAGGCAACAUGUUAGAGGCCUGGAGAGGCAACAUGUUAAGAGCCUGGAGAGAGGCAACAUGUUAGAAACCUGAAGGGCAACAUGUGUUAGAGCCUAUAGAGAGAGAGGCAACAUGUUAGAAACCUGGAGAGAGAGCAACAUGUUAAAGGGCACACAGAGAGAGAGGCAACAUGUUGGGGAGCCUGGAGAGAGAGCAUAACAUAUUGAGGAGGCCUAGAGAGAGGCAACAUGUUAGGAGCCUGGAGAGAGGGCAACAUAUUGAGGGAGCCUGGAGAGAGGCAACAUGUUAGGAGCCUGGAAGAGCAACAUGUUAAAAGGGGCCUGGGAGAGAGCAACAUGUUGAGGAGCCUGGAGAGAGAGGCAACAUGUUAGGGAGCCUGGAGAGAGGGAGCAACAUGUUAGGAGCCUGGAGAGAGGCAACAUGUUAGGGGGCCUGGAGAGAGAGGGAGCAGCAUGUUAAAGAGCCUGGAGAGAGGGCAACAUGUUAAAGGGCCUGGAGAGGCAACAUGUUAAGGGGCUGGAGAGAGGCAACAUGUUAAAAGGGAGCCUGGAGAGAGGGGGGGCAACAUAUUUAAAAGGAGCCUGGAGAGAGGGCAACAUGUUAAAGGGCAACAGAGAGAGAGGCAACAUGUGCAAGAGAGGCACAGAGAGAGAGAGGCAACAUGUUAAAAAGGGAGCCUGGAGAGAGAACUUAUGUUAAAAGGGGAGCCUGGAGAGAGAGGCAUGUUAAGAGAGAGGCUGGAGAGAGAGAGGCAACAUGUUAGGGAGCCUGGAAGAGAGGGAGCAACAUAUUAGGGAGCCUGGAGAGGGGCAACAUAUUAAAGGGGCCUGGAGAGGGAGCAGCAACAUGUUAGGGAGCCUGGAGAGAGCAGCAUGUUAAAGGGAGCCUGGAGAGGGGGAGGCAACAUAGUAGGGAGCCUGGAGAGCAACAUGGUAAGGGGCCUGGAGAGGGGGGACACGAGGGCAGCAUGGGGAGGGGAAGCCUCGGAAUGGGGAGAGACAUGGGGCAUGGAGGGGGAAGACUGUAUUAGAGUCUUGUCUAUAAAGCCUGUUUUAAUGUUUACAGCCUCGCAAAAUUGAAGAAAUCAAAGAUUUCCUGCUGACAGCCAGGAGAAAAGAUGCCAAAUGUAAGUGAUAAACCUCAUUAAGUCUGAUAUCACAGUAAUCUGAUGAGGAACGGACAGAACAUCUCGUCUGGUUCCAUAGACAAUGUCAGCCAUUUCCCUGUUUGAAGAAACUCUCCACACACCAUAACCACUGCAGCCUGCUUGGAGUGUUCCUUUAACCAGGGCGUCCCUGCAUGAUGUAAAAUUGUCUUUAAUUCAGCUCUCACGGGAUAUGUAUUCUCUAAAGUUGGCGUGGUCGUGUAUUUAAUCCAAAAUGCUAAAGUUAUGGUAAAACGUUAAAGGUGAUACAGGCGAGUCUCUCCUAAUACAGUUAAGCUCUAUGGCUGCCUUGUACAAUAACCACUGCAGCGCUUGCAUGUGGAAGUAUAACUUGCAUAGACAACAAUCCCUCCCUGGUAGGGGCAGUCUAUGCCGUAUUCUGGAACAAAUUUUUUACAUAAGUGAGACUUUGUUUGCUGGGUUGUCUCAUAAAGUGACUCAAGUUUAAGGUAAGAUUUGCCAAGCAUUACGCUUCUAUAUGCCAGCUAUCCUUUUGCUACUCUGGCCUUAAAGGCUCACUAUAGGCUUCCAGUCUACUAGAGCUCAUUGAAGUGGUCCAGGUGCAUAUUCCUAGGUCCUUUAACCCUGCAAAGCUAAUUAUUGCGGGUUUUUUUUUUUUUAAGAAACUGCAAUAACUACCUUUCAGGGUUAACUCCACCUCUAGUGGUGGGGAUUACAAUGCUAAAACUUUGCUUUACUGGCACUAUAGUUUCUCUUUAGGUUUUUAUUUUAUUUAUUUUUUAUUAUCCACCUUCAAUUCUCAAUUUAGCUGUUACCCCCCUCUGUAACAGACUUGCAAUGAACUUCCUGGAUUUGUAGAAUCCUGUCUGAGAGUAAUGGAAGCAGAUGCUGGAUUAAUAUGGAAGGAAAGUAGUUAUUUAAACUGCUGUUAUACCAAACAUGUGCCUUUAAACUGCACCCAUCACAUUUGCUUUGAUCUGGUUGAACAUUAAGGAGCAUAAUACUUCGUCUACACUCUGAUAGUCACGUUGCUGCCUGAUGUACGGAUGAAGCUGUUCCACUUUUGACUUGUUUGGCCUUUACUGCUGUGAUCUGUGUACCGGUAAUAGGUCACCGUAAGCGCCGUCCCCAAAUCCGAUUGUGUGUAGUUUAGGAAUUGUGGGAUAUGUCUGAUAUGAGGUGGAUACCUAAUUUUAUAUAUUUGUAGAUCUAUACACUUGAUAUUGGCAGUCAGUGACACUAGGCUUAUCUGACUGAACUCACACCUUUUUUAGGUGAUUCUCACUUUAGCCCUAACUGGACACACUGCGGAGUAUUGAUGGCUUGUUUCUGGCACUGGGUUAUGGUUGUUCUGUGGUGCUUGGCCAUUAGUCUGUGUACUUAUUUUAUGGAAGAACGAUAACUAAUUUAUGACUGGGAAUUGUAUUACUUGCAGAACCCAGAUAUUUUUGUGGUAGUCUGAUCACUAUAUGGUCAGGUGUUUAAGUGCCAUAUGUCUUUAGCGGUGUGCAAUAUAGGGAUAGACCGAUUAUUGGUCUGGCUGAUAUUCUGUAUUUUCAACAAUAUCGGUAUCUGCCAUCAGGGUCCUGGAGACCAGCACACCUCUUACCUUCCCAGCAGCUCCCCUGUCUAACUCUUGCAUGUCCAGAGCGUUGCCACAGGUUACAAUGGCAAUGCUCCAUGCGGCACACAGGCUGUGUGAGUUAGACAGGGGAGCUGCACAGUCCAUGCCACCAGGCCAUCAGGGAAUGCCAAAGCCCCCCUCUCUGGCCAGUUAAGAAGCAGGGAGGGGGGACUAAAACAUAAUUUAAAACAUUUUUAAACUUUUACACACUUAAAAUACCUACACACACUCACUGCAUCCACUACACAUUACACAUACAUUCUUGAAAACAUAACAAAUUCUGACUGGCAUGUAUAUUUUGUGCAUUUACCUUAAUAAAAAAAAAAUGAGAUACGAAAAACAUGGUCAGUUAACAGUAGAUUUGUGUAGAAAAUGGUUUUUUAUUUUUUAUUUUUUUUAAAAUGUACAGAGUAUCGGUAAGUUAUUGGCUAUCUGCCUGAAACUCAGAUUAUUGGUAUCUGCCCUAAAAAAAAAAUCAAUAUUGGUCGAUUACGAAGUGCAGUGUCCUUUGAUGAAGUGGCUACUGUUUUGCUGCAUUAAAAUUGUUAGUAAUUCAUCCUUAGAUUCCUUGCCUUGAUGCUCAAAGCAUUGUACUGUGUGAAUAUAGAUAUCUGGAUGGGUGACAGUGAUGUUUGAAAUGUCUGCAAUUCAUAGUGUUCGCUUAGGGAGCUGAUAAUAUGGUUUAACAAACAUGUGGUCGUGUCAUAAGACCCGUAGAAGGUGUCUAACAUGAGAGUGAUCUUGGGAAAGGCUAAUCUCAUACCAGAUUUAAAAGCUAACACUCCAAGCACAAUUACCACCAGAGUUUGCUGUAUUGGCUAUGGUGGCUUCCUGGUGUAAUUUGUUGGUUUGACAACAUACCACGGCCCCUGCUUAUGGUAUGCUCCUGUAUGAAAUCUAACUAGCUCUUAGCUAAGCAGGACUGAUCUCAGUGGCUAAGAUUACCAGCCAAGCGCUCUGUCAAUAAGCACAGUCACGGAUUGACUGUACAAGACCAGAUAGCGCAUUGGAGCCCAUAGUACCCAUACCGUACUAAAACUUCAAAUUACAGUGCGCCGGCUCCAGUGCUCUCCUGGCACACAUGGAAUGUUCCUCUACAGCCACUGUUGUAGUCUCUGUGUAUUGUAUGUGAAGAUCCCAUAAGGUGAUCUUUCCGCUUGCCUAGAGGUAACUAAAGCGAGAACUCUUAGGGAAGCAGACUUGCCUCUCUCCCUGGUGUCUGCAUCUUUUUGCCUCGAUACUUCAUACACCAGGAGCUAUUGUGGCUGUGAACCUUGCACAGACAGGAGUACGAAACGGCCUGAGGAGGAUCCUGCAUAGUUAAUAUCAUACAUGCACAGUAAGGUGUCAUGGAUGACACUGUUGCCAUCAGUUGGUUGUGGCAUCAUAAUGUCUGCCUUUUGCCAAAGAUUGACUAAGUCCCUACAUCAUGCUGUGUAUAGGUUUUGGCUGUGCUGUAACUUCAAGUAAAGAUUUUCUUUAAAAUAAUCUCAAGUGGCACACUUCAAAAUGAAAGGAUUACUGCCAAAAUGUGUUUUAGUAAAACAUUUCUCCUUUUUAAGUAUAGCUUACAAGAGCUGGAAUUAGUCGGUCCAAUUGUAUUACAAACUGCCAAUUAAUGCUCCACUUUGUGAUCUCUCGUAAUGGCUACAGACGUGCCAUUAUUUGCAACAGCUUGUGCAUUACCGAUUUUGUUUUGUCGUUUUUUGUUUUUUUUUUUCCUUGCACUUUUCUUUCCUCUACUUCUUUGUGCGAAUUCCUGAUGCUAAUAUAUGGAUUUUAAUCAAAAUAUGUAGACCAAGAUUAAAGGACCACUAUAGGCACCCAGGCCACUUCAGCUUAAUGAAGUGGUCUGGGUGCCAGGUCCAGCUAAGGUUAACCCUUUUUUUUUUUUUUUUAUAUAAACAUAGCAGUUUCAGCGAAACUGCUAUGUUUAUAUGGUUAAUCCAGCCUCUAGUGGCUCUCAUUGACAGCCGCUAGAGGCACUUGCGUGCUUCUUACUGUGAAAAUCAGUGAGAAGACGCCAGCGUCCAUAGGAAAGCAUUGUAAAUGCUUUCCUAUGAACUGGCUGUGUGCGUGGCUCCUGCCGCGCAUUCAGCAGAUGACGUCGCUAUGAAGGAGGGGAGGAGGAGAGCUCCCCGCCUGGCGCUGGAGAAAGGUACGAUUUUUAACCCCUUCCUCUCCCCAGAGCCCCGAGGGUGGGUGCACUAUAGUGCCAGGAAAACUAGUGUUUUCCAUGCGCCCUGUGCCAUGUUGCUGAAUGAUGCAAAAUGCUGAUGGUUUGCUUUACAUGUUACAGCAGCGGAGCAGCUUGUCAUUCUUCCUGGAAUCUGAAAAGUCAAAAAAAUAUUUUAUUUUGCAUCUGGAAUAAUUUACCCACAGUCUUCACUCACUGAGGCAUUAAAAGGCCCAAUAUGUCACAUUAUACAUGCUGGUGAACUAAUUUCUCAUUUCUUACUUUAAAGGGAUACUCCACUGCGAAAUACAAAAUCAAUAAAAAAAAUUGCCGUUUAGUAGAUACUUUCUGUGGCUAUUCAAUCAAACUUCCCAAUAUGAAGUCUUUGCUAGGCAGGUUCCAAAGGCAAUAGCUGCCUCAAUUGAAAUCUUCAUGUAAAAUAAAAAAAUAGCACACUCUUCAUACACAUGGCUUUUCUUCAGCGAGCUACAGUACUUUAGGGGUCUGGAAGUGCCUUUUAACUACUAGCCAGACCAUAAAUUUGUCUAUGAAAUACAUGGGCAAGUCUCAUUUUGUGGAUGCACGUAUUGGGAUAGAUUAUUUUAUUUGCAAACACUGGUAAUCUGGGCUCCAUAUUGAACUUUUUUUUUUUUUUUUUUUUCAGCUGUCAAGAUUAAGAAAAACAAGAACAAUGUCAAAUUCAAGGUGCGCUGCAGCAAGUACCUGUACACACUGGUCAUCACAGACAAAGAAAAGGCAGAAAAGCUGAAACAGUCCCUGCCACCUGGUGAGUUCAUUGUAUUAUUCAGACUUUUAUUCCAACAACUCUUAAGCUGUAACUUCAAGGAAAACUAAAUGCACCAUAACAACUAUAAUGCUGUAAUGGUUAUAGUACGGGGAAUUCCCUGGAACCCCUCAUUGUAAGUAAUCAAACCAUCUUUGAACAUUUUGAGUUCUUACCUGGGUGUCUCAUCCCACCCCCACUAAAGUCGGAGAGACGGAAUGGUCGGUCAGUCUGAUUCACUCCAUUUACUUUGAAGUAAAGUUGUUAUUUUUAACUCUAGUAUUAUUGCAUUUAAAAUUGGGAUUGCUGUAUCCCAUCAACGAAAGCACAGCUCUUAUAGAAAGUUGAGGUAAUCUGUUAUGACAGGAUUGUACAGCUAGAUGACAUCACAAUGCAAAUUGUUGUGAUUGUUUGUAACUAUAUGGUAUUAUGGUGUCUGCAGUGUCCCUUGUGAUUAUUGCCAUGUAAAUUCUUCAGAUUUAGACAGGUAUUUUAAUAGCUUGCCUUACAGCCCAAAAUAAACUGUAUUUUGUCAAUCUGCUGAUCUCAUCAACUUCUCUUCUAUCCCUCAGGUCUGUCCGUGAAAGAACUGAAGUAA